CGCCUAUGAAUAGCUCCUAUUUUUGUGGGCGACAAGGAACGGGGGAGCCCAUCCAGGCAUCCCGUGAGGAGAAGAGGCAUCCUGAGGAGGUGCAGCACAGCAGACGAUUUUCUUUUGCUUUUUUCCCUCUUCUUCCUCCACACCACCUUCCCGCGAGCGGCGCUCCUUUCCCCCAUCUGACCUGCUUUAAAUCUGCUCCCAGCAGUCGUUUGCCUGCUCUCCUCGCGUGGGGCAUGGCGGCUUACUCCUCGAGCCCCGAAAUCGUCUGCCGUGAUGGGCUGGGCGAUUUGGUGCCCGGGUCCGGCACACCCGCGACCACCACCAUUAGCACCAUAGCGGUACAGUCCGGCAACACGAGGAUUGUAAUAGCCCUCCUACAAAGUAAAGAAUGGAUCCAGUUGAAAAUUCAAGAAAUGUAUCCCGCCAUGACAGAUAUUGGUACCAACCUUCGAGAAGUGACAGAUCUGUAUCAGCAACACGAAAAAGUACUAGAAAAAUUGCAGACAAAACAGAGUCCUGUAGAGGAACUCCUACGACAAGCAGACGACUUGAUUUCCACCCAGAAACCGAGGGGGGAAGUCUACUCUGCGAUGGCCGAAAAUUUAGGAUUGGCAUGGAAAGAUCUUAAUGCUCAGUUGGAACAAAGGAGGCAAAUAUUAGAACAAGCAGUGGCAUUCUAUACCAAAGCAGAAGAGUUUUCGGAUGCCUUAGAAGUUGUCAAGAAAAGUGUCACAGAAACAUUCCUGCCCAACACUGUUGAAUCGACGACAUCCAUCUUAAAUCGAAUAGUCGAAGAAAGAAAAAAUGUCCUGUCUUCCUCUAUGCGCCUUUUAACAGAGGGUCAGUUAUUGCUGGAGCGGUUAUGCGAAGUGGCUACUCACAGCAUGGGAGAUUCCAGGCCUCAGCACAUGCAACACGCUGCCCGGCAGACGGCCUCCGCCGUCGAAAUCCACAUGGAAUCCCUGCAGGACAGAUGGAGGCAGCUCGAGAGUCUGUGGAACCAGAGGAAGUUGCUGCUGGAGCAAUGUCUGCAGAGGUGUCGGUUAGAACUGCAAAUGAGAGAGGUUGAGAAUUGGCUUCACACAAGAGGUACCGAAUUCGUCAAUGAACACAAUCUCGGCGAUUCCUUAGCAUGUUCAGAGAUCCUUUCCCACGAACACCAAAAGGUUGAAAACGAAUGUAAGGAAAAGCAAGAAAUUUGCUUGAGGAUCGUUAAAUCCGCAGAAGAUUUGCUGCAAAAAGGAAACUAUGCAGGAGAAGAAUUGCGAAACCGAUCCUAUAUUUUGUUGUCCGAAUGCGCCGAUCUUCUGUCGGCGCUCGAGCAAAGAAGACAACUGUUGACGGAUGCAAUCCACUUCUUUACCAGAGCUCAAACGGCUGAAACAAAGCUCGAUCAGUUGGAAAUCCAGCUGUCGACCAGCGAUUCCACUUCACUGUGGUCCACCGUGGAAGACGUUGUUAAUUCUGCCAUCCAGAGCGGUCGGCAGAUUCUGAGUGCGACUGGAAUGACCGAGCCUGGAGCACAAGGAGUGGCGCGAAAAGUGGAUGAACUGGAAAGAAAAAAGAGAAAACUUGCGGAUGUCUGCAAAGCUAAAGAAUCAGCUGCUUCUGAAAAAAGCGUGGCAUUUAGAAAAUUCUGUGAGCAAUAUGAUGAGCUUAUGAAAUGGCUUACCAACAACGCCCAGUUUUUUGUACAGAGGACGAGAGAUAUGGGAACAACGCAAACUGCUGCGAAAGCCUUCUUGGAUCAACACGAGUCAUUGCAAAAUGACUUAAGGAUGAAAGGCAUGGAAAUGGAAGCCUUACUGAGGACUGUCCCUAAUCUUGUUCGCGCCGGCGGUGAAGAGGCGGAAGUUGUUCACAGCAAAUCAGAGAAUCUGAAGCAACACUUCUCUGAGCUUCGAACUAUUCUUGAUAAAAGAAUAUUCAUCGCCCAGCGAUAUCUAGCUUUCCUUAAAUUGUCCACGAAAGUAUCGAAAGAAAUGGAUGAGCUGGAAGCACUCGUGAAGCAAACCGUGGAGUCGCCAGACCCGGGAAAAAUUCGCCAAACUGAAGAAAAACAGCUGGCGCUUCGUCAAGAGAUUCUGCAAGUCAAUAACAACGGGAAAAAUUUCUUGGAGGAUGCUCGGAAAGUGGAUGAUAUGCAUCUGAAUAUGACCCAAUCUUGCAUGACUGUGGAAGACAUCUUGAGCCGACUUGAGCUCCGAAACGUUUCCUUGACCACACAAUGGCUGAAUUUCCAAAAUGAGAUCACUGCUACAAAAGAAACCCUCCUGCAAUGGGAGCAUCUCAUGAAAGAUGCCAAUAGGGUUCUGAAAAGUGCUCAUGGCAUAGAAAAUAAAUUGUACCCUGUCAUCCCUCAAGAAUUAAAUAGAAUAGAAUCAAUUAUAUCUUAUCUAGAGAAAAGGAUGUCUGAUAUCUUACCUCAAAUUAAAUCCAUUCAAGAUGAAAUUUCAAACAUUCUGAAAAAGUCAGAGGUAGCUCCGCCGAAAGAUAACACACGUGCUGAAGAUACACAAGUUCUUCGAAAUCUUCGAGAUAUGAACCAGACAAUUCAGAAACGACUUACUGAUUAUCAAAUACUGAUUCCGAUGAUGAUCACCUUUUUCAAGAACUAUGAUGAGCUUGAAAAAUUGGUGGACAUGCAAGAAUCUCAAUUCCGAAUGACAUCAUUGCCAAACGACGUGGCAAAAAUGGAAGCAUUAAUUCACGAUCACGAAACUUCCAAGCCUACCGUCAUGGAACUUUUCAAAUUCAGCAACACAGAAGCGCAGCAACUCAUCCAGAAAAUAAAUGAAGCUGAACCCCCAGAAGCAGCCAUCAAGGAUCGGGAAAAAGUAUCAUCCCUUCACAAGACGAGGAAAUCCUCUUUCGAGAAAGCGUGGGAUGAAUUCAAGUACAAGCUGGAGCAACACAACCAGCUUUGCAUCUUCUUCAGAGACAUGCACUUGAUCAACAAACAAAUUGAAGACCUGAAUUCACAACUUGCUUCCAUUCGGCAGAGUUAUGGAGACUCCUUACCAUCAGCUAUGCACACUUCACAAGCUUUCUUGCAGUUCGAAAAAACAAUCGAGAUUCUGCAGAUCCGAAUCUACGAGUUCGUGAGCACCGCAGAGAGACUGAUGCGUGACCAGAGAGUGGACUCGAAGCAGAUUCCCACCGAAAUAGAGACCAUGCAGAAGAAGUGGUCCACCUUCAGGACAGAAGUGAACAGGAAUCGAAGGCUGAUCGAUGUUGCCAUAGAAUACUAUAAAACAAUCGAAGAGGCUGAGGAAUGGCUGAGUGAGGGCAGCCGAAUGCUGAUUUCAGUGGCUCGGAAAUCGUCAUCUUGCAACAAGGAGUCUGACGCCGAAGGACUUAGAAGAGAGAUCAGGGAUUUUUUGAACAAAGGAAAAAGCCAACAAGAAGAAAGACUACGAAAAAUAGCGACUCUAUCUCAAGAACUUUAUGGAAAUCAGCCGCAUCCUUCUUUGAAUUUAGUCACAAACAAGAACAAAGAUAUGAUAGAUUCGUUCACCGUCAUAACUUCUGAGCUCGAAACGCUGACAAAAAAUAUCAGAAUUUCUCAGCAGACGAAAAAGAUGGAAGAAAAAGGAAAGGCGGAACUAGACGCCAUGCUUCACGCCGCUCAAGCAGAAGCAGAAGCAGCUAAGGCUGCUGCUGCCGCUGCUCAACAAGCUGCAAAAGCAGCUGAAGCUGCCGCCAAACAGAGACCGCCUCGAUUCGUGAGGAAUUUAAUGGACGCCGAGGUAUCUGAAGGCACAAAGUUCACAUUUGAAUGUGAAGUAGAGGGAGAACCUAAGCCACAAGUCCAAUGGUUUAAAGAUGGCAUUCUAGUCGAAAAUAAUCCUGAUUAUCAGACAUGUAUGGAAAAAGGAAUUUGUAAACUAACAAUCGAAGAAACUUUUUCCGAGGAUACUGCUAAAUUUACUUGUAGAGCUACAAACCCUGGUGGAACUGCUGAAACACAGUGUCAACUGGUUGUAAAAGAAUCACGCACUGCUAAUGAACUUGUGCCUCCACAUUUUGUUCAAGAACCUUCGGAUGCAACCAUUCUAGAAGGUACGAAACACCAAAUCGAAUGCCAAGUUUUCGGAAAUCCAUUGCCUUUGGUGUCCUGGUUCAAAGAUGAUGUCUGCAUUGAUUAUUCCACCGAUUAUUCCACCAUCUAUAACAACGGUUAUUGCUCCUUGCGAAUUGAUGAGGCCACUCCCGAUCAUCAAGGGCAGUACACAUGCCGGGCUGUCAAUCAAGUCGGGCAAGCGGCUUGUAGUGCCAAUCUUAAAGUUCAAACGAUUACACCUUCCGAACGACCGAGAUUCAUUUCUCCACUUUCAAAUGUCAUGGCUCGAGCUGGUCAAAAAUUGAGGCUGGAGUGUUCUGUUACCGGUCAGCCGCAGCCUGAUGUAACUUGGCUGCAUAAUUCCAAAUCCCUUAAAGAAACUAGGGAUACAAAGCUGCAUUUUGAUGGAACCAAUGCUACUCUUAUCAUUACCGAAGCUUUUCCAAAAGACGCCGGAACUUACACUGUUAUUGCUCGAAAUAAGUCCGGUGAAGCUGUGUCUAAUUGCAAUGUGUCUGUUAAAGGACGUUUACCCUUGGAAACAUCUGAUUCUGAAAUUGCAUCAGACAUAGAACCAGCAAAACCUCAAGUAAAACAACAUUUAGAAGAUCAAACUGUAGUUGAAGGAAAUAAAGUACGAAUGGAUUGUAUUAUUGUUGGACAACCAGAGCCAGAGGUGAUUUGGUACCACAAUGGGAAGCCUGUCAAGGAAUCAGAUGAUUUUCAACUGCUGUUUGAGGGUGAUCGCUGUACACUCAUUAUUGAACAUGCUUAUUUAGAAGAUUCUGGAACAUAUAAAUGUGUUGCAAUAAACUCUGGUGGUGAAGCUUCCAGUAUUUGCCAAUUAAAAGUUGAGCCUGUUGUAUCAGAAGUUAUUCAGAAGAGUGAAUUUAUGCAAAAGGAUAUCAUAUUGAGUGUUGAAAAAUUUGAGUCACCCAGGUUUUUGAAGCUUCUAGAAAGUAUGGCUCUCAUUGAAGGCCAAGAGCUGGUACUUGAGUGUCAAGCUGUAGGAGAGCCCAGUCCUAAUAUAUCUUGGUUCAAAGAUGGGCAGCAAUUAUUCAGCACUCCUGAAUGUCAAAUAUUUACUGACACAACAGGUGUUUCAAGAUUAACAAUUCCAAGUGUAAAGCCUUCAGAUCGUGGCACAUAUUCAGUGAAAGCUCAGAACAAGGGUGGUGAUGCACAGAGUAUUUGCUCAAUUUCUGUAUCUUCUACAGCACCUAUUAAAUUUGGGCAGAUGCCACAAGAAGUGCCACCAUCUUUCUUACAACAUGUAGCUAAUCAGACUUUAUUGCCUGGAAAUACAGCUCGAUUUGAAGUUACUGUUGAUGGUUCACCUAAACCUUCAGUUAGAUGGAAUUAUCAAGGUAAACCUGUUCCAAAAGAUCAGUACCAUGAAAUUGGCAGUGAUGGCAACAAGAAAUACUGGUUGUUAAUUCAUAAUAUCCAGAGUAAUAAUUCUGGGCGAUAUUCAGCAAUUGCUGAGAAUAAUGCUGGAAUUGCUACUUCAUCUGCUUUGCUGUCAGUCGAAGAUUAUUCUUUAAGUAAAAUGGAACCUAGUUGUGAAGAAUAUAAGGCACAAUCUAUGAUAAUGACCAGAAAAGCUAUUGUACAAACAAGUACAUUAAGUUCUAUGUCUGAGGUAAGUGAUGUGGAUUAUCAGCCACCAGAAUUCCCCUCCUUCUCUUCCUUGCAAAGUCAACAAUUAGUCAAAAGGGAAGAAUCAACCUUCAAUCAGUAUUCAGUUGCAAAGUCAGCUCAACCACAACCGCUUGUGAUUGAAACUCCCAAACAACCUACUGUCCAGUUUCCUAUAAUGCAGGUUCCUGUUAUUCCACCACUUCCUGUAGAACAGCCUCUAUCAGAAAAUAUAGUACCACCUAAAUUCAUCAAACCAGUAUCCACUGCAGUUGUUACUGAAGGAGAAAAGUUAUUAUUAGAAGCUAUAUAUGAAGGAGUUCCUGAACCUACCAUCCAAUGGUUUAAGGAUGAUAAAGAGUUGAAGAAUAAACCUGGUCUGCAAAUAACAUGUUCUGGUGGUAGAAAUACAUCUCUUUUUAUUUUGAAAAGUGCAGAAGCAGACAGUGGUCGCUAUUCGUGUGUAGCUUCCAAUACUGGAGGAAAAGCCACUAGUAUUGCAGAUGUGAGAGUAAAACCAUAUCGUGAAGCUCCAAAAUUCAAAAAGAAGUUCCAGGCUGCUAUGGUAAAAUCUGGUAGCAGGCUUGUAUUGGAAGUUACUGUUACUGGAGUACCUAACCCUGAUGUCAAAUGGUAUCGCAAUGGGAACCUCUUGCAAAAUUCUCCUGAUUUUCGAAUAUCAUCAAAUGGUAAUGAGCACUCAUUAGUGAUUCCAGAGGUGUUCCCAGAUGAUUCAGGUACUUUCAUGGUUGUUGCAAGUAAUUUGGCUGGUGAAGCUAGAUGUAUAGCUGAUCUUGUUGUUGAGGAAGAUCGCAGUCCAGAAGUAGAGAAGAAAAUAACUUACCAAGAGUUUUCAAGCCAUCAACAAAGUACACAAAUGUUUACCAAAAUUUCUUCUGGCAAACCAAUUGCUCUUGAACCUUACCAACCUGUAUCUGAAGUCAAAGCAAUAGAGCCUGCACCACCAAAAACACCAUCACCUCCUCCAAUGUCUGCUGCAUCUGUUAAAGUAUGGACACAGCCUAAACCUGAGCCAAUAACUCCAGCAAUCACAGAAAUUCAGGAACCCAUUCCUGUGCCACCUUCAGAGAUUCAAGAAGUCAUACCAGAAGAAAUAAUUACGCAAAUUACUGAAACAAACAGACCGUCUUCUGAUUUUCCAUCUUUUUCUGAAAUGAGUAGGGUUGAAACUUUGACUAGUACAGGGCCAAUGAUUUCAGCUAUGUCUGAAAGCUUUGUUAAACAAUCGAUUAUGAAGUUUUCUAAACCUGAUACUACUGAGCAAGACAAGACCAAAGAAUCCAAGGUUAAGCCAGUUUUUAAGUCUCCAGUUUUGCAAAAUGGUUUUGAUAAGGAAUUGAAAUCUUCUGAAUCUUUUGCAACUGUUAGCAGUCAGAGUACUGUCAUAUCUGAAACAAAGGCAGUAUCAGCUGUCCAAACAGUUCCUAAAUUUGUUCCGAAACCCAUAACUCCUUUCAAAUCAGAAACAGAAAAAUCUAUACCAACUCCUGUGUGGCAGCCGAAAAUAAAAUCUGAAAAAGAACAAUCCAUACCUUCUCCAGUAUGGCAACCUAAGAUUAGAUCAGAAUUUCAAAGUUCUGAACAAAAGAUGACAUCUUCAACUAACAUUUCUGAUAAAUUCCAGUCUAAUAAAUUGGAGAGUAAAAUUCCAUCCAAAAUACCAUCUUAUGUUACAGGAGACAAAGGAACUAUUACAGAUCUGAAAAGUACUUCCACUGCUUCUUGCCAGACAUCAACUCCAACAGUUUACUCUACUGAAUCAUCCACUACAACAAGGACUUCUUAUUCUACAGAAGAAAUAUCUAUUACUAAAAAGUAUGAAAUGGUCGUGGAACGUUCAUCAGAAAUUGUUCAACAUCCAGUUGAUUCUCCUAAGGUUGUACCCAAGCCAAUUAUCAAAAAAGAAAUUCAGGAUGGACCCAAAGUUACACACAAGAAAGAAGUUGUGAUUGAAGAAGAGCCAGUGGUUGGUGCUGAGGUGAAGCCACCACAUUUUUCUAAGGUGAGGGGAGCUGAAUCAUUACGGAAGAUAUACACUGAUAUUCCACUUGAAGACAUCGAAGCCGAUGAAAAGGACUCUGUCCAGUUUGAAUGCAUAGUGGAAGGGACACCGCAACCUGCCAUUCGCUGGUUCAAGGACCACAACAUGAUCGCCGCUUCCGAAGACUACCAGAUGUCCUAUUCCAAGGGAGUGUGCAUCCUUUGCAUUCCAGAAGCUUACCCGGAAGACUCCGGAAAAUACACCUGCACCGCCACAAAUAUCGCAGGCUGCAAAACGACGUCCGCCUACCUCGCAGUCAAGCCGGAAGAAGAUGAAAAUAUGGUGAUACAACCGCCUUCUCCUCAACUUCAGGGACAUCGCCCCUUGAAUGCCACUCCACCGAUAUUCGAGAAGCCCCCGACGAUUGGCCGGUUCAUCGACGGAGGCAAUGCUCACUUCGAAUGCAGAGUCACAGGAAAUCCCCCUCCAGAAGUUGUCUGGUCAAGAAGGGGGAUGCCUAUCAAGAAUGAUAAUAGGCGAAAUGUAACAUAUAACCCAACCACAGGGAUGUGUAUUUUUGAUAUUAAAGGACUCACAGCCGAUGAUGAUGGAGAAUACACUUGCACAGCAGUUAACUGUGCUGGAGAAGCAUCUCUUACUGUUGCCAUUAAUAGAGAUGUGAAAGGAAAACUUGUGUCACAAGACACUUUCCGACAGGUUCAGGCACCUAUGACUCACAUACAAAGUACUCAAAUAGGCCAACAAGUGAGUGGUACUUAUGUCCAAUCUUAUGUACAGCAACAACACAUUGACGGUAUGUACCAGAGGACCACUUCAGCAGAUUAUGAUGUCGACCCUAGCUGUCCCAUGUACUACAGUGGUACUGAAAGUUUCCGGGUUGACACAUUUGAAUACCGGUUGCUUCGAGAAGUCGAAUUUCGUGAAUCCUUGUUCAGAAAACUACCAGGUGAAGACGUUACAGCUGAGAAACCUGCACCACUAGACAAAGCACAUCCUCCCAGUGCUCCACAAAUCAUAGCCAGACCUCGCAAUAGUAAACUAUUGGAAGGUUCCGAAGCUACAUUCCAAGCCAAGAUAUCUGGAAAUCCUAAACCAAAAAUUACAUGGUUUAAGAAUGGUCAGAGGAUCAUUGCCUCUCAGCGUUUUAAGAUGACAUACACAGAUGAUGUGGCUACUCUUCACAUUCACAUGGCACUGCCUGAAGAUGCAGGCUACUACACAUUGCUGGCCGAAAACACGAAUGGACGAAUUGCUUGCUCAGCCCAUCUAGUCAUUGAAGGUGUGGGCACGCCAACAAGUUUCCAACAGCAACUUCAAACACAGAGGAGCUAUGCCCCCGUAACACCUUCCUCACCCUUACCAAAAAGUACUCAGUUCGGCUUUCAAUCUGAACAGCAGCAACAACUAACAUAUUCGAAAAAAGUUUCGCAAACCCACAUUCAGUCCCAACAAAUGGUGUCCACUACUAACCUCUAUUCACAACAGCAGCAACUGCAUUUGCAACAACAACAGCAGCAGCAGCAACAACAACAAGUAUAUCAGCAACAACAACAGUUAUACCAGCAACAGCAGCAGCAAUAUGCCACUAAUAAUAUUAACCAAACACAAUUCAUAACAUCUCAACCCACUUCCUUUACCCUCAGUGAUGGUGCUGCUACUACUACUACCACCACUGUGAGGACAGUCCAAGAGAACGACGUGGACACAAGCUCAACAGGUGCCAGCCGAGCCCUAAAGCCCAACUUUGUCAAAGUUCCAGGCGAUCGGGAAGUCACUGAAGGAAAAAUGGUCAGAUUUGAUCUCAGAGUGAGCGGCCGGCCUUUCCCUGAUGUUAGUUGGUAUCUCAACGGUAAACAAGUUAUUGAUGAUGCCACCCACAAACUUUUAGUAAACGAAGGUGGUGUUCACGCCCUCAUGAUAACGACAGCAAGCCGAACAGAUGCCGGCACAUACACUUGUGUUGCCAAGAAUAAAAGUGGAGAAGUUUCUUUCAAUGUCAACUUACACGUGAUAGAAAAAGAACAAAUAGUGGCUCCAAAAUUUGUCGAACGUUUCCAAAGCCAGCAUAUUCGAGAGGGAGAACCUGUGACGCUGCAUUGCAGAGCAAUCGGCACUCCGAUCCCAAAUAUCACUUGGCAAAAAGAUGGAGUUCAGCUACACUCCCAACCUCCUAACGUUAUUAUCGAAACCAGCGAGGGAGCUUCAACGAUUUAUUUCAAUAAAGUGACUAUGUUGGAUUCAGCUUGGUAUCAAUGCACUGCUCAAAAUCAAGCUGGUAGUACUGCUACUCGUGCUCGCCUUUAUGUUGAAAGUGAAAGUGCUCCUGCAGCAGAACCAUGGCGACUUCAUUUACCAAGACCCCAAAAAGUUAUUUGCCCAGAAGGCUCUCCGCCUCGCGAAGUGGUGUGGUUGAAGCCAGUGGAAAGGGCAGCUCCGAGAGCCAGAGCUCCUGAAGAAGAGAGGCCACCUCAGAAACCUGCCUUCACCACACACAUCCGGGACUUGACUCUCCAGGAAGGAGACCGGGCUCACUUUGACGCCAGGCUCAUACCCAUUGGUGACCCCACAAUGGUUAUUGAGUGGUACGUGAAUGGGAAGCCAGUCGAAGCAAGUUCUCGGGUGAUGACAACGUACAAUUUCGGAUAUGUAGCCCUUACCCUGCUUCAUGUUUAUGCUGAAGAUUCUGGUGUUUACAUGUGUAGGGCUGUUAAUGAGGCUGGAGAAGCUACUACCACAGCUACUCUGCGAUGUGUUCCACGAGCAAAAAUUGAGCGGGCCCCGCAACAUCCUGAAAGCAUGGACGCUAUUAGACAUCUUGAAGAUUAUGAAAAAUAUCAACGUCAAGAAUCCAUCGAGGAGAUCGUUUCACAAAUUCCUGUUUUUGUGAGGCCUCUCCAUUCUUUGGAAAACAUUAUGGAAGGAGGCUUUGCUCAUUUCGAAGGUCAAAUUACGCCAGUAAGUGAUCCUACGAUGAAGAUAGAAUGGCUGUUCAAUGGAAAACAACUAACAGCGGGAACUCGUAUUAGUACUACCUUCAGCUUUGGCUACGUCGCUCUGAAUAUAUCUAAUGUCAGAGCAGAGGACUCAGGCGUAUACAUGUGCAAAGCUACGAAUCAAAAAGGCGAAGCAAUAUCAACUGCAACUCUGAAAGUGAAAGUGACUGAACAAGUGACAGGAAGCUUAGGUAUUCCUGAACAAGAAAGCUACAUCCAAAAGACGCAAGAGCUUGAAGCGUACCAAAUGCUUCAGCGCCAAACAUUUGUUGAAGUGGAUGAGACAGUAAAACAAAAGCCUUACUUCAAAACACAGCUCAUACAGAAAUUAGAACUAAAUGAAGGCAAGACAGCUCAUUUUGAAGCACGACUCGAACCUUCAGGCGAUUCAACAAUGCGAGUGGAGUGGCUGAAGGAUGGAAGACCCGUAGAAGCAAGUUCUAGAAUUACAACUUUCUUUAAUUUCGGAUACGUGUCACUUACUAUUCGAGGUGUGGAUACUAGAGAUACGGGAACUUAUACUUGUGUUGCAACCAAUACCAUGGGAACUGCACAAACAUCUUCAAGUUUAAUUUGCAUAAGCAAAAAGAGUAUCGUCGUAGAAUCUCAGCAUCCUGAAGGCCUCGAAAAAAUUCAACAUCUCGAAGAUUAUUCUCACUAUAAGAGAGAUGAAAGAGAAGAUAUCAUUUGCACUCAAAAACCCACUUUCACUUCAGAGCUUAUUGGAAAGAAUCAGCUUGUUGAGGGACAGAGCUCUCAUUUUGAAACCAGACUGGAGCCCAUGGGAGAUCCUACUAUGACUGUCGAAUGGUACUUCAACGGACGCCCGCUUACAACUGGUCAUAGAUUUAAGACGUAUUUUGAUUUUGGAUAUGUUGCCUUGGAUAUUUUAUAUGUAUUCCCUGAGGAUACGGGAACUUUUACUGUUGUAGCCAAAAACGCUUUAGGACAAGCACAGCUGAGCAAACAAAUACAAGUUCAAGCUAAGAGCUCUGUCGAUACAUCAACCAUUCAUGAAAUUGAUGAAAAAAUUAGCUAUCUCGAAAGGCCUGCUCACGUGGACCAAGAUCGCUUCAUUGAAGAAAUCUCCAAAAGUAAGCCAUUCUUCCCCAUUCCUCUGCACAGCCCUAAGCCCCUCAGAGAAGGAGAGCGGGUGCAUUUGGAAUGCCGAGUCGAACCUGUUGGAGAUCCUACUUUGAAGAUCGAAUGGUUUUUCAAUGGAAGAGCGCUGCCUACAGGUUCUCGCUUCCGGACAAAACAUGAAUUUGGUCUUAUUAUUUUGGACAUCACCACUGCUUAUCCUGAGGACACUGGUGAAUAUACAGUGAGAGCUACAAACCACCUCGGAUCCUCACAUACAAGUGCAUGCAUUACAGUCAUUGGCAAAAGUGGUGUUGUUACUGAAACUCAACAUCCUGAAGGUCUGGAGAAAAUACAACAUUUGGAAGAUUCAAGUCGCUAUAAGAGAGACCAGUUUGAAGAAACCAUCAUCACGCAGGUUCCCACUUUCACAAAACCCCUGCACAAUAUUGAAACGAUUGAGGGCACCAACAUCCACUUGGAGUGUCGUCUUUCUCCUGUAGGCGAUCCUACCAUGAAAAUUGAGUGGUUAGUCAAUGGUGCACCCCUCAAAGUUGGACAUCGAUUCCGACCCGCAUUCGAAUUCGACUAUGUCGCUUUAGACAUAUUAAGUGUGUACCCAGAAGACAGUGGUGUUUACACUUGCAAAGCUAUUAGCAGUCUUGGACAAGCUGUGACUUCAUGCACAGUAAAAUGUAGUGGUCGAAGCGAAAUUAUUUUGGAAUCACAGCAUCCAGAAGGACUGCAACAAAUUCAGUAUUUAGAAGAUCAAAGUCGUCACCACAAAGAAACUUGGAUUGAAGAAGCUGUUAAAAUUCCACCUAAAUUCUUGACUAAACUAAAUAACUUGACUCUAAAUGAAGGCCAACUUGCACAUUUUGAAUGCAGGCUAGAGCCUGUAAAUGAUUCUUCUCUUAGAGUGGAAUGGUUUAGGAAUGGAAAAUCUUUACCUGUUGGACAUCGUUAUCGUCCAUUCCAUGAUUUUGGAUAUGUGGCCUUGAACAUUUUAUCUGUGGUGCCUGAAGAUUCUGGAACUUAUACUUGCAGAGCUGUUAAUACAAUGGGAUCAGCUGAAAUUCAGGCAACACUGACUUGUUCAGGAAAAUCCGCAAUCAUGUCAGAAACCCAACAUCCAGAAGGAUUACAAAAGAUCCAGAUGCUGGAAGAUUAUUCAAGAUAUAAUCGGGAAGUCUUCCAAGAAGAAUUGACUAGUCAAGCACCAAUAUUUACCAAGGCACCACAAAAUGUUGAGAUCAAAGAAGGCCAAAGAGUUCAUUUUGAAUGUCGCCUUAUCCCAGUUGGAGAUCCAAAACUCAAGGUUGAGUGGUAUCAUAAUGGAAGACCUGUUAAACAAGGUACUCGUUUUGUACGAACCUUUAACUUUGGCUAUGUUGCUUUGGAUAUCAUGUAUGCAUAUCCUGAAGAUUCUGGAACAUACACAUGCAAAGCUGUCAAUACGUUGGGAGAGGCUGUGACUUCUGCCACUCUGAAGUGCAUUAGCAAGAGCAGCCUUAUUUUGGAAUCCCAGCAACCAGAAAGUCUUGAGAAAAUUCAACAGCUAGAGGACAUGAGUCGCUAUCAAAGAACCAGUUAUAUUGAGGAGGCCACUACACAGGCACCUGUAUUCACACAGCCAAUGAAGAACUUGCAGCUAAUGGAGAACCAGAGCGCGCAUUUUGAGUGUAGGCUGAUACCUGUUGGAGAUACAAAACUGAAAGUGGAAUGGUUCCAUAAUGGAGUUGCCAUUAUGCCUGCUUCAAGAGUGACACUGACUCACGACUUCGGAUUUGUUGCAUUGGACUUAGCAUACGUGAAACCUGAAGACAGUGGAACAUACACAUGCAAAGCAACAAAUGAGCUUGGGCAAGCUGUCUGCUCUGCAACUUUGGCAGUCAGAGGCAGCCAUUCCCUUCUGUUGGAGACUCAACAUCCUGAAGGUUUGAAAAAGAUCCAAUAUCUUGAAGAUACUAGUCGCCAUCAGCAACAGGCAUUUGAAGAUGUCAAAAUUACCUCUGGGCCUAUCUUUGUGACGCCAUUAUCCGGUCCAAACCAGUUAGUAGAGGGGAAGAGUAGCCAUUUGGAAUGCAGGAUUGAGCCAUAUCCUGACCCAACUAUGAAGAUCGAAUGGUUCUUCAAUGGAAAACCUUUGCCUUCAGGCUCACGAUAUCGCACCAUGUUUGAUUUCGGUUUUGCUGCCUUGGAUAUAUUGACUGUAUAUCCUGAAGACUCUGGCGAAUAUACCAUCAAAGCUACUAACAGUCUUGGAACAGCCUCCUCAUCUGCUCGAAUCAAUGUCUCAGCCAAGAAGAGUUUGAUUUUGGAAUCCCAACAACCCGACAGCUUACAAAAAAUUAAAUUACUUGAAGAUCACAGCCGUUUUGCAAGACCCGAAGAGCCCGAACAGAUAUUUGAGAAACCUAAUUUCGGAAGGCCUCUUUAUAAUUUGGACAAUUUAAUAGAAGGCCAAAGUGCGCACUUAGAGGCAACCCUUACACCAGUUAAUGAUCCUACAAUGAAAGUUGAAUGGUUCCAUAAUGGUGUUCCCAUCAAACAAGCUCAUCGUUACAAGACCACUUUUGACUUUGGAUAUGUUGCAUUGGAUAUUCUAUAUGUGUUCCCGGAAGAUAAUGGAACAUACAUGUGCAAAGCAACUAAUAGAGCUGGGGAAGCCAUUACAACAUGCUCAAUCAAAGUACAAGCCAAAGGUUCUAUCUAUACUGACACUCUACAUGAAGAAGGUCUUCAGAAGAUUCGCGCUCUGGAAGAACAAUAUCGUCCAGCACCUGAAGAGACAGUCAUACCAGUCACAAGACCUAUUUUCAUAACUCCUCUCAGAAGUCAAGAAAAUAUCAUAGAAGGACAGCCCGUGCAUCUGGAAUGCAAAUUAGAGCCUGUGAAUGAUCCCAAACUUCGCGUGGAGUGGUAUGUCAAUGGAAUCGAAAUUAAAGCAGGGCAUAGAUUCAGAACCAUUCACGAUUUCGGUUAUGUGGCCUUGGAUAUUUUGUACAGUUACGCUGAAGACAGUGGUACAUACAUGUGUAAAGCUGUUAAUGAGCUUGGAGAAGCCGUUACAACAUGCUCUGUUAAGGUUGACGCUCGAAGAAACAUCUAUUAUGACACUCAACACCCAGAAGGCUUGGAAAAGAUUCGUGAACUUGAAUGCCGAGCCAAAUAUCAGCCGAUUGAGGUUGAUGAAAAACCAAUUUGCAAGCCUUAUUUCGUUUCUGAAUUGCGUGGCAUUACAGAAUACAUGGAGGGCGAGAGUGCUCACUUUGAAUGUCGCGUGGAGCCUGCACACGAUUCAGAGUUGAAGAUAGAAUUCUUCCAUAAUGGCAAGCCACUUCCUGCUGCCUCUAGAUUCCAUGUCACUGUGGAUUUUGGUUAUGUUGCCUUAGACAUAAGUCAUAUGUAUCCUAAAGAUGCUGGUCAGUACACUGCAAAGGUUUCAAAUAAAUUAGGAGAAGCAACAAGCAGCAUCAAUGUUACGGUUAAGAGUAAAUCAGGUGUCAUAACUGAUACCCAACAUCCUGAAGGACUUGCUAAAAUUCAACAACUGGAAGACGAAUCCAGACGACAAGCUCCGGAAUACGUUGAACAAAGAACUUUCCAACGACCUGUUUUCACAGCUCCAUUGCAAAACCUGGAACUUGUGGAAGGAGAAAGUGCUCAUAUGGAAUGUAGACUUAUUCCAGUCGGUGAUCCAAAACUUGUUGUUGAAUGGUUCUUCAAUGAAAAACCUUUGCCACCAAGUUCCAGAGUACAAACUACUCAUGAUUUUGGAUACGUGGCCUUAGACAUCCAGUAUUGUCGUCCAGAUGAUAUUGGUAUUUAUACUUGCAGAGCAAGAAACGAUCUUGGUGAAGCAGUGACCACUGCUUCUAUUAAAGUGCAAACUAAAGCCUUCAUUGAGCUUCAGAGCCACCAUCCAGAAGGCUAUGAAAAGAUCCAAGAAUUAGAGAACUACAAGCAAGCUCCUUCGAUGGAAGAGCCAGAAAAAGUAUUUGAGAAACCCGUAUUCACCAUGCCUCUCUACGGACCUGCGGAAGUUGUUGAAGGCAUGCCUGCUCAUUUCGAAUGCAGAGUUAUACCUGUUGGAGAUCCAGAUCUGAAGAUUCAGUGGUUUGUGAAUGGAGUGGCUCUUAAACCAGCUUCCCGCUUCCGAGACAUUCAUGAUUUCGGAAUGGUAUCUUUGGAUAUAACAUCCACAAUUCCAGAAGAUGCUGGCGUGUACAUGUGUAAGGCUGUUAACAAAGCUGGUGAAGCUGUUACCUCUACAUCUAUGAUAGUGAGACCUCGAGGUGGUGUAUUGGGUGAAAGCCAGCACCCUGAAGCUUAUAUUCAGCUGCAGAAACUUGAGAUGGGUGCUCCCCCACCAGCUGAACCUGAACCUGCAGCUCCAAGAGCUCCAUUCUUUACAGAACAUCUUGUGAAUCAUGAUAAACUCAUUGAGGGACAAUAUGUGCACUUGGAAGCUCGUGUUGAACCUGCUAAUGACGAGAAACUGAGAAUUGAGUGGUACAAGAACGGCAAGACAUUGGUUUGUGGUACUCGCAUUCGCACAACAUGCGAUUUUGGCUUGGUAUCUUUGGAUAUUGUCACCGUUCGUCCUGAUGAUUCUGGCAUAUAUACUUGCCGUGCAGUAAAUGAAGUUGGAGAAGCAAUUACUACAUGCUCAAUGAAAGUUGAAGAUCGCGAAAGCAUUAUUUAUCGAUCUCAACAUCCAGAAAGCUUGCCUAGAAUUCAAGAACUGGAAUCUAUGCAGCCAACAAGUGUGGAACAAAAAGAUAUUGCAUAUGAUAAACCUAUUUUCCUUUCUCAUUUGAACAACAUAGAAUUAAAGGAGGGUGAACCUGCUCACUUUGAGUGUCGUGUAGAAUCUUACAGAGAUCCUACAUUGAAAAUUGAGUUCCUACUUAAUGGAAAACCAUUGCCAGCUGCUACUCGGUUUACUGCAAGCAAGGACUUUGGAUAUCUUACUUUGGACAUUUCACACACUUUGGCUGAAGAUGCAGGCAUUUACACAUGUAAAGCAACAAACAAGAAGGGAGAAGCAGUUACAACUGGAUCUUUGAAAAUUAUUGAUGAUAAGGAAUACGUCAUUGAAAGAACUACUCAUCCAAUGGGUCAGGAGGGUCUUUCUAAGGUUCGUGAAGUUGAGCAGAUGUAUCUCUCUAAGUACCAGACUCACAUUGAAGAUAAAGAGAUGCAAUAUCCAAAGCCUUACUUUGUUGUACCUUUGCAAGAAAAAUAUACAGUCAACGAAAGUGAAAGUUUGCGAUUGGAUUGCAGAGUGGAACCUGCAGCUGAUCCAAAACUGUGCAUUGAAUGGUUUUUCAAUGGAAAGCCUCUUAGUCUGGGCACUCGAUUCCAACUCACAAAUGAUUUUGGUCAAGUUGUUCUGGCAUCUACUGAUAUGUGGGGUAGAGACAGUGGCGUUUAUACAUGUCGAGCAUAUAAUGCAAUGGGCGAAGCUUUUACUUCUACUACGAUCCAUUGCAUAGCCAAAGGAUCCAUCUAUGAAGGAACUCUCCAUCCAGAAGGAGAGAAAGGUUUGGAGAGUAUCCAGACCCUCGAGGAAUCCCUCUUGAGACCAACCGAUCAAGCUGAGACUGAAGAGAAGGGACACCCACCUGUAUUUACAUCACGCUUCCAGAACUUGAUCAAUUUGACCGAGGGUGACAUUGCGCACUUUGAAGCCACACUUGCUCCUGCUGGCGAUCAGACUAUGGUAGUAGAAUGGUUUUUCAAUGGAAAAGUUCUUAAAGCAGGUCAUCGUAUUCGAACUGUGCAUGCUUUUGGAAUGGUAGUGCUUGAGAUUCUGGGUGUUGUUAUUGAAGACACUGGUGAAUACACAUGCAGAGCUACAAAUAAGUGGGGAAGAGCUGAAAUAACUGUGAAAUUAGAAUGUGUUGAUAAGUUGCAAGGACAGAAACCUAAAUUUACAACACAACUUCGAAGCCUCACUGGUCUGAAAGAAGGUGAGAGUGCUCACUUUGAAUGCCACCUCAUACCUGUUGGUGAUCCAGCGAUGAAGAUUGAAUGGUUCCAUAACGGAGUGCCUAUGAGGCAUAGUUCACGUAUUAAGACCUUAAGCGACUUCGGCUAUGUAGUUAUGGAUAUUUCAUUUGUCCAUGUUGAAGACUCUGGAGAAUAUGUCUGCAUAGCCACUAACAAAUUUGGCUCUGACACAACACGCUGUACUAUUGAAUGUACAGGUCAUGGUAAGAUCUUCCGAGAUACUUUGCAACCCCAGAGUUUGGAGAAGAUUGCCGAGUUGGAAGGAUCUCAGGCUCUUUACAAAUCUCAAAUAUCUUUGGACUCUAAAGUGCGCGAUGCUCCUAAGUUCACCCAGCAUACUAAAGAUAUCUCCAAUCUGGUUGAAGGACAAAGUGCUCAUUUUGAGGCUUAUUUGGUGCCAAUUAAUGACCCCAACCUUAAAGUUGAAUGGUAUUUUAACGGAAAACUUCUAAGUGCAGGACAUCGUUUCAGAACUUUCCAUGACUUUGGUAUUGUCAUUCUUGAUAUCCUGUAUUGCUACGGCGAAGACAGCGGUGAAUACACAUGCAAAGCUACAAAUAAGUAUGGUACUGACAUCACAAAGGCAACCUUAUCAUGCCGAUCCAAAGCAUCCAUCAUUCUGGAUCCCCAACUUCCAAAAGAAAUGGCAGAUAGCAAUCGCCGUAUUAUGGAGCUUGAGGAACAUUUGUACCGAUCUCGUGCCGAAUACACCGAGGAAGUACAUUUGGAAGCUCCUCGCUUCACGGUGCCUUUGGAAAAUGUCACUGAUCUGCGAGAAGGAGAGAAUGCUCACUUGGAAGCUCGUCUCAUACCAACUGAUGAUCCGGAUCUUAGGGUUGAGUGGUAUAAGAACAGCAAAGCUCUCAAAGCAGGCACUCGAAUUCGAACUAUCAAUGAUUUUGGUUUUGUGGUAUUGGAAAUCAGUCCAAUCUAUCCAGAAGACAGUGGACUUUAUUCUUGCAGAGCUAUUAAUAAAGUUGGGGAAGCUGUUACUACUUGCACAUUGAAAUGUUCUGGAAAACGCAGUAUUAUUAUGGACACUCAGUUACCAUCAGGAAUGGAAAGUAUGGAGAAGAUAGCACGAUUUGAAGAUAUUUCUUCUGCUCGUAUUGCUGAACAAUGGAUGGAUGUGGAAGUGCAGCAACCACCCAAAUUCCUCACCAAACCACAGGAUCUGGCAUUAUCUGAAAACACUCUCGCUCAUUUCGAAUGCAGACUCACACCAGCUAACGAUCCCACAAUGAAAGUUGAAUGGUAUCAUAAUGGCAAAUCACUCAUUACGGGAACCCGUGUAAAAACCAUUAGUGACUUUGGUUAUGUUAUUCUGGAAGUGGCUGGAGUAUUCUCUAGAGAUGCAGGAGUGUACAUGUGUAAAGCUACAAAUGCUUAUGGAGAAGCUAGUGUUAGUUGCAAACUUUCAGUCAAAGCCAAAGGUUCAAUCAUCAUGGAACCACAAUUGCCCACUGAAUGGCGAUCUGGCACAGAGAGCCUCCAGAGGCUGGAGGAAGCCAUGCACCGAACAGAAGAAAUCAUUAUCGAUGACGAUCGCAAAUUGCCACCCAAAUUUAUUACGCAGAUUCAGAAUCUGGAGAACAAGGUUGAAGGAGAAUCUGCUCACUUUGAAUGCCGACUGGAACCUGUGGGCGACCCAACAAUGAAAGUAGAGUGGUUCUUGAAUGGAAAACCCUUAACGUCAGGAACCAGGGUUCACACAGUUGAUGACUUUGGCUUUGUAGUGCUGGAUAUUGAUUGGUUAUUCCCUAGGGAUGCUGGUGAAUACAUGUGCAGAGCCACUAACAAAUGGGGCCAAGAUACCACAAGGGCAGUUCUGAAAAUCAAAAGCAAGCGUGAUAUCAUAAUGGACACCCAAUUGCCAGAGGGUAUGUCUGCCGACAAACUCAGAGAACUGGACUUUCCACCUCAGCAAGAGGUUCCACGGGAAGAAUUCGUUCCAAUGCCACCUAAAUUCAUUACUCAAAUCCAACCUCAGGAAAAUCUGCAGGAAGGAGACAGUGCGCAUUUCGAGUGCAAACUGGAGCCUGUCAAUGACCCCAAGCUCAGAGUGGAAUGGUACCACAAUGGAAAGCCUCUGAAAUCAGGCCAUCGUUUCAAGACAACUCAUGACUUUGGUUUUGUUGCUUUGGACGUUUUAUAUAUAUAUGCCGAAGAUUCUGGUGAAUAUACUGCCCGGGCUGUCAAUGAUUACGGCGAAGAUAUUACUAAGUCGACCCUUAAAGUCAAAGCUCAAAGACUUCUGGAAUAUAAAACACAACUUCCAAAAUCCAUGGAAGCUGGUGUUCAGAAGAUAGCUGAAAUGGAAGCAUCUUGGCAGAGAGUGAUAACAGAAGAAGAAGUACCACCUGAGAAAUGUCGCCCAAUGUUUGUUAUGAAACCUGAACCUCAAGUAGUCACUGAGGGAGAAUGGGCCAAGUUCUGCUGCAGAGUCAUUGGAAAUCCGAGGCCGAGACUUAUGUGGAUUCUAAACGGAAAAACAAUAGGACCUGGAUCUCGUUAUAAAUUGACCUAUGAUGGCAUUUACCACUUAGACAUUCCCAAAUCAAGGCAAUACGAUCAAGGUAAAGUCGAAGUAUUUGCCCGUAAUGGAAUGGGCGAAGCGUACUGUUGGACCACAUUAGAAGUGAGACCAAGGCACGAUGACUACAGAGUUGUUCUUAAAAACUCUCCGAGGCCUUGGUAUGAUGCUGAAAUCAAAUCCUAUCAGAAAGUUAGAACAGAAUGCGAACUGGAGAAAGUAUUUGAAGAAAAACUUACUCCAGGUGGUACUCGCAUAAAUGUAUGGCAAACAAAAGAAGAUGAAGAAGGAGAUCAUGUAAAAGAAAUCAAAAGGCUAGAGGAAGAAGACACGAAAAAACUUAUUCCUGAAGUCAAACGGUACAAAAGUGAAGCUAUGUAUAUUGACCCAGUUACUGGAGAAAAGCGAACUGAAGAACAAUCACAAGUCUUAUAUUUGGCUAAAACUUAUCAGGAACAAGCAGAAAUUGACAGCCAGAAGGUGAAAGUUCCUCGUUUGCCAUCUUCCCCACAAGAAAGCUCUGUCUACGGCAAAGAAGUUCACGUCUCAAAACAAAAGCAAACUCAAAAAGAACACAAAGGAGAUUUAGAAAUAACUCGUCAUAAAACUGUGACCGAAACAAGGGAACAAGAGCACAAGGCUGUCACAAAGGAAAGAAAAGUCAUCGGUGUUGUACCUGAAACAAAACCGCCCAUGUUCACUAAGAAAAUUGAGCCAUGCCGUGCAUUUGAAGGCGAAUCUGGAAAAUUCGAGUGCGUUUUUACAGGAUCUCCAGCACCCCAGAUCACAUGGUUUAGAGAAAACUUUCCCAUUAAAGAUUCCCAGGACUUCCAGAUAACAACAACUGAUACAACAUCCACUCUUAUCAUCAGAGAAGUAUAUCUGGAAGACAGCGGAGUAUUCAGUGUAAAAGCUGAAAACAGAGGGGGAUCAGCGAAGAGCUCUGCCAAUUUAGUUGUUGAAGAACGCAAAGAAGAAGUCCGAGGAACUAUUCCUCCCAGCUUUGUGAGGACUAUCCAAGAUACAACAGCCAAAGUUGGACAGCUCGUCAGGUUAGACGCUAUAAUUGCAGGAUCAAAACCACUAGAUGUUUACUGGCUCAAAAAUGGCAAGAAAAUCGUUCAAGAUAUCACACAUAAAACUUUAGAAGAAGAAGAUAAAUAUACUUUGAUGAUUUUGGAAGCAACUACCGAAGAUGGUGGAUCAUACGAAUGCGUCGCUAUAAAUAAAGUUGGAGAAGCUCGUUGCCAAGCCAGUGUGCAAGUUCAAGCUGCUCCAUCUGCUAAAGCUAAGGCUGCUACUCCCAAAAAGACAGAUAAAAAUGUAAAAGCACCCGAAUGUGUUGAGCCUUUAAAAGAUGCUACUGUAAAAGAAAGCCAGCCAGCUGUGUUCCGUUGCAGAUUCUCUGGCUCUCCAGCACCUCAAGUCAAAUGGUUCCGAGGUGAAAUCUUAGUAAAACAAUCGCGAUAUUUCCGAAUGUCUGCGGAGAAUGAUGUCUACACCCUUCGCAUAUCGGAAGCUUUCCCUGAAGAUGAGGGUCAAUACAAAUGUGUAGCCACCAAUUCUGCAGGAACAGCUUCUACAAGUGCCAACCUUCGAGUUAUUGUUCCAGAAGUAACUGAAGUUCCUCCUGCUUUGAGUCCUUUGGCUGAUCUAACAGUACCAGAAGGCUCACCAGCACGUUUUGUAACUGCGGUUACAGGAACUCCUACACCUAAAAUCACCUGGUACAGAGAAGGAACUGUAGUGAAGCCAAGCCAUGACUUUCAGAUGUUCCAAGACGGUGGCUCAUGCUCCUUAGUCAUCAGACAAACUUAUCCGGAAGACGAAGGAGUCUACACUUGCAAAGCCACCAACACCAGUGGUCAGGCUGAAACUUCUGCUCGCCUGACUGUUGAAAGUAAGCGCUAGACAGCAAACAUAUUUCUCGAGAUGGCAUUUGGACCAACUUAUACGUCAUAUGAAGAAGCAAAUUAUGUGCCAUUAUGUCUUAGCCAGAGAAAGAAAGUUGGAAUUGGUGAUUACUGUUUGAAAAAAAUAAGAAUCGCUGCUGCCUCAUUCAUCAAAGCAAUGAAGCUGCUCGAAAGACGUACUCCAGAUCUUUCCAGGGAACAAAAAAUCCCUUUGCAAGAAGUCGUGCCUUCCAAAGAGAAAGGGGCGAAGAAGCCAAAGCCGAAACCAGCGGAGGAAAAACCUACUCCACCUAAAUUCACUAAGCAGCCAAAGCCUCAAACAGUUAAAGAAAAAGAGAAGGUAGUUUUAGAAUGCAAAGCAGUUGGUUACCCAACUCCUAAACUUACCUGGUAUAAAGAUAAUGUCCCCAUCCAGUCUUCGAGAAUAUACAAGAUCACAACAAAGGACAACACCAGCACCUUAGAGAUACCAAAUGGUCAGCUCACUUCCUGUGUUUACACAUGCAAAGCAGAAAAUUCGGUGGGGCAAGCUGUCACUUCGGCCACUAUUAAUGUGCAAGAAAGCGGGAAACCGCCGCAAUUCACCGAGCCCCUCCUACCUGUCACUGCUGUCGAAGGCACGAAAUUGGUGCUGAAAUGCACGGUCACAGGCUCACCCGUGCCGGACAUCAAGUGGUACAGGGAAGGCCGAGAACUGAGGCCUACCAGGGACUUCCGGCCCACUUACGACGACCAGACUGGGGAAGCAACUUUGACCAUACCGGAAGUGUUUCCCGACGACCAGGGAACCUUCACGUGCACUGCCAUAAACAAAUAUGGCAAAGAUGCCACGACGGCACCACUGACUGUCACAGAGGAUAUCGUAAUGAUUGAGAAAUCCGAUUUAUACGAGGCUCCUAAAUUCAUUAAACCUCUGUUGCCUGUCAGUGCUCCGGAAGGUGAACCUUUGGAAAUGACCGUUGAAGCCACUGGUACUCCUAUUCCUACACUACAAUGGUUUCACAAUAACCAAGAAUUAAAACCAUCAAGAGACUUUAAAGUAACAACUGAGGGUGGAAAAUCGUCUCUCUUUAUCACCGAGGUAUUUCCAGAUGAUGCUGGUUUAUAUACUGUGAAAGCUACCAAUAAAGCUGGCCAGGCCUCUACAACUGCUACGUUAAAUGUUAUUAGUGAAGUAGAAUCUCCAAAACCCGAACCCAUUCCUCCAAUCUUCAUCAAACCUCUUAUCUCUCAACUGGUUCCGGAGGGAGAACCGGUCAGGAUGGAAGUAGAGGUUAUGGCUUGUCCAGACGCCACCUUCACUUGGACAUUCAAGAAACGCCCCAUCAAAUCCUCUCGAGACUUCCAAAUCACGAGCGAUAAUAAUAAGUCGGUUCUUCUCAUCUGCGAAGCGUUUGCUGACGAUUCGGGAGCUUACACAUGCAAAGCGCAGAAUGAAGCUGGAACAGCUACUACCACUGCAACUUUGACGAUUGAAAGUCCUCCUGAAGAUGAAGUGACAGAUGCUCCCAAGUUCACAACUCCAUUAACGCCUGUCAAAGUAAUGGACGGCGAGGAAGCCAAACUCUCUUGUGUUGUCACUGGUGAGCCCAUGCCGAAAGUCACUUGGUUUCACAAUAACAGAGAGGUCCGAGAAAAUUCAGAAGUUUGGACAACGUAUCGCAAAGACGGCUACUGUGAGCUGUUUCUUUCGGAAGUUUUUCCAGAGGACCAGGGUGAUUACGUCUGCAAGGCUGUCAACAAAGCGGGAGAGGCCAUCACUCGAGCAACUCUUUCCGUUGAAUCUUACGAAUAUGUCCCCGACUCUGAAAUAGCUACUCUGAGCAUGGACAAGACAACUUCUGCAGAUGCCACCCUGCGCAGUCUUUCAGAAGAGUCGAGUGCAGAGGAAUUUGUCACCAUUCCCGAACUUCCCGAAGAGGAAGUAGCCCCAGAUUCACCGGCAAAGAAAACACCUCCUAAACAAGAUGUCGGAACGGCACCACAAUUUAUAGUUCCUCUGAAAGAUGUUGAAGCAAAGCCCGGGACUACAAUUCGAAUGCAAUGCAAAGUUACUGGAAUUCCCAAACCAAAAAUAACAUGGUAUAAGUCAGGUAAAGUACUGAAGCACAAUCCUCAGUACCAAAUAUUUUACGAACCAACCGGGACGUGCAGCCUGACAAUAACAAGAUGCACGGAGGAAGAUACUACUGAAUUCAGUUGCGAAGCACAGAAUAGAAAUGGUGUCGAUCUCACCACUUCGAAAGUUACGGUCGCAGAAUACAAACCUAGGAAACCCGAUUGGGCUGUGGAGAUGGAAGCUAAACAAAAAAUUGAAGAUGAAAGACCUAAAUCUCCUAAAUUUGAAAAAGUUCUUGAAGAUAUAUUUGUGAAAACACCGGGUAAAAAAACCACCUUGGAGUGCAUCAUUAAAGGCGUCCCAGAACCAGAAGUUACAUGGUAUCACAAUGAAAAAGCCGUGGACGUUACAACUGGAUACUAUUUGGUGACUCGUGAAGGAAAUCGAUCUAUUUUAAUCAUUUUGAAAGUCACAAAGGAGACAGAGGGAAAAUACACCUGCAAAGCUGUCAACGAAUUGGGAGAGGCAAUCUCAACAGCUUACCUCUAUGUUGGGGUAACUAAAGAAGAACACGAAGCAGAAAUUCGAGAGAAGGAAAAGAAGCCUAAAAGGCCCACAGUUAAAAAAGCGGUUGAGAAGAUAGCUCCACUGCAGCGUACCAGAGAACUGAGACCGACCAAAAGCGUCGAAGAACAGGCAGAGACAUCUCUCUGGACACAAGAGCACAUUUUAGUGCAACAGGUCACUCCUCAAGAACAGCCUUCAGAAGCCGUGCCUUCUCCAAGACCACAACCGGAAAAAGCCGAGGUAAUGAAAAGUAUCGAUGUUCGUGAUCAUUCUGUAAGUAUAAAACAGGUCCCCAUUGAAGAUAUCCCUGAACAGGUGUCUUUACAGAGAGAUGUUAAAUCGUAUCAGUCUGUGACUAUGAGAGCAGAACAAGUGAAAACUCAGAGUACGAUGAUUUCACAAAUAAGACCCAUGAGAGGGUUCCAGCAACAAGAUAUUUCCAUGCAAACUGUUUCUAAGCAAGGAAUUCAGCAAAUCUCUCAGCAUACAGAAACUAUUAUAAGGGAGAGGACAGAGCCAGAGGAUAUUAAAGGAAUAGAAGUGACUCUUUUACCUAGAGAAGGGAAACAAGAAAUUACUUUUGAUAGCCGAAUGUAUCCAAAGCAGCCCAGAGAAAGGGAAACUAUCGUAAUGGACACGCGACAGAAACCACAAGAUGUUACUUCUUUUGGUUCAUCCAUGACUGUUUCGUAUAGCCAGCAAAGGACAAUAGUGUCACAGCAACCUCAACCACAACAACCUCUUUUAAUGUCUCAGCCUGAAAUGCCAAGCAUCACUCCAGGCAUACAAACUUUGAGAAAAGAGCAAGCUAAGCAAAUUGUCGAGAAAAAAAUCGAGGAAGCAAUGCAAAAAGAUAAGCCACAAGUUGUUGAAAUUACUGCUUUGCCUUUGAAACCAAAACAGGAAAUUAUAUAUGAAAGUAAGUUAGUUCCAAAACCAGUUUCUGAAAGAGAAUCUGUAGUUGUUGGUGUAUCUAAAAAAGGAGAGGAAGUUUUUCAGCUUGAGGAGCAGACAACACAACAAGAACAAACAUUCUAUGAUUCAACAUCUAUGCUAACAUUGAAGCAACAACAACGGCAGCAAAAAAUAUUCCCAAAACCAUAUGAACCACAGAUGCCUCUACCAGAAGCACCAAAAAUCGUGUCUGAUGUACAAACUUGGAGAAAAGAAAUUGCUAAGCAAACAGUAGAAAAGAAACUUGAAGAAACAAUGACGAAAGAACCAAUAAUUGAAAUCACUGCUUUGCCAAUGAAGCCUAAACAAGCGAUAACAUAUGAAAGCAAAGAAAUUCCUAAAACAAAAAGGGAAAGAGAACAAGUCGUAGUUGAUGUGCAUAAGAAACCUGAAGAAGUGGUUACUACGUCUGAGUUAACUUUUAAACCUCAACCAAAGGAGAAGGAAGAGCCCAAAAGGCAUGAACCAAAACUGGCUAAGCCAGUUGAACCACAAUUUAAAAAACCAGAAAUGGAAAUUGAUUUUACAACCAAAGAAAAGAAAGAAAUUGCGAAACAAGUAAUAAGCGACCGUUUGACUAAAGUUGAUCACACCCAGGAAGAAGAUUAUGUGGUUGAAAUAACUGCAUAUCAACAUAAGCCCAAGCAAGAAAUCACUCUUGAAAGUAUCGAAAAACCCGAACCGAUUAGAUUCAAAGAAACAACUAUCAUGCAGAAACCAACACCAGAAAUUCAAAAAGUAACAGACACAAGUGUUUCAUCUUCCACUACACUUAUAACGACACAGAAAUUUAAGAAACCAACAGAAAUUAAGGAAUUUACGCCAAAACCAGAGGUUCAGCAACCAGAAUAUGAAUCAGAUUUUGAUAUAAUCACCAAAAGUAAACCUAAAGCAAGAGAAACCAUUGUUAAAAAAUUAAGUAAAACUGUAAAAGACGAAGAAGAACAGAUUGAAAUUAUACCUGGUGUAUAUAAACCAAAACAAGAAAUCACUCUUGAAAGUAUUGAAAAACCUGAAACGGUUAGAUUCAAAGAAACAACUGUCAUGCAUAAACCUACGCCAGAAAUUCAAAAAGUAACAGACACAACUGUUUCAUCUUCCACUACACUUGUAACGACACAGAUAAUCAAGAAACCGACUUUAAUUGAAGAAGUGAAGCCAAAACCAGAACAGCAGCAACCAGAAUAUAAAUCAGAUUUUGAUGUAGUCACCAAAGGUAAGCCUAAAGCAAGGGAAACCAUUGUUAAAAAAUUAAGUAAAACAGUAAAAGAUGAAGAAAAGCAGAUUGAAAUUAUACCUGGUGAAUAUAAACCAAAAAAAGAAAUUACUUUCGAAAGCAUUGAAACUCCAAAAGUAACCAAACACAAGGAAACAAUCGUUGUUCAUAAAACUACUUCAGUUCCAGAAGAAUUGCCGAAAGAAGAAGAUAUCCCGAAGAAACCAUCAUUUGAAAUUAUUAAGCAUGAUAAAAAAGUUGCGAAAAUAAUUGGACCCAAACCGUUUCAAACUACACCAGUAGAAUUAUCUUCAACAGAUACUAAACCAAUGCAAGCUGUUGUGUCGCAAACAAUCACACAGUCUACAGUAAUUUCACAAGCAUCACAAAUAGUUCAAAAGGAAACUCAUAUUGUGCAGUCUACCUUUGAGACUAAAGAGACAAAGCCACAAACAUCCCAGGUUGGUUUACAACAAGUGACUUUCGACAAAAAGAAACCUGAAGAAAUCAAGCCUGAAUUUGUGGAUUACAAAUUGAAAAAAUUGACUUUUGGUCAAGAACCUAAAACAUCACAGGCUGAAAUAUCAGACUUUACUCAAGUACGGUUACAACAAAUUACAUUAGAACAGCGAAAACCUGAAGAAAUCAAACCAGAAUUUGUGGAUUAUUCCCUAAAAAAGUUUACUGUAGAUGAACAUCCUAGAACUUCACAAGCAGAAAUAUCAGACGUGCAGAAAUUAAAGCCCAAAAAAGUAGUAAGUGAAGAAAAGGUUGUGGAAGAUCAAACACACAUUACAACAACAAAAUUUGGCCUGAAGAAAACUGAUAAAAGUUUCAUAAAACCCAAAAAACUUGAAGAACAACCAGUUGCAAUCUUGAAACCUAAAGAUAUUUCCAUAAAAACCACAACGACUCAAGUCAUUGAAACAACUACAAUGAAAAAAGAUGGGCCAAAGAAAGUCGACGACAAAAUUGAAAUCGAGGUUUCUUCUUUGAAACCUAAACAAGAAAUAACUUUGGAAUCGAUUGAGAAGCCUACAGUUUCUUCUGAGAGUAAAAAGAUAGUAUAUGAAGAUAUUUCGCAUACUGUUAAAACAGCUGAAAUGAUUAAAUUGCAGCCUUCAAAGUUUGAGAAGAAAGAAAUUGUCCCAGAACGACCACUCUUUGCUCAGAUACAACUCCAACCCGCUAGAAUAGAAAAAAGAAAACCAGAAGAAUUUAAACCUGAAUUUGUGGAUUAUCAAUUGAAAAGCUUCACUCUUGAGGAACUUCCUAGGCCUCUUCAGGCACAAAUAUCAGAGUUACCUAAAGUACAUUUGCAACCUGCUAAGAUAGAGAAGAGGAAACCAGAAGAAAUUAAACCAGAAUUUAUCGAUUACAAUCUGAAAAGUUUUACUCUUGCAGAACACCCUAAACCUCUUCAAGCACAAAUAUCAGAACUGCCUAAAGUACAACUUCAACCUACUAAAAUAGAAAAGAGAAAACCAGAAGAAAUUAAACCGGAAUUUAUCGAUUACAAUUUAAAAAGUUACACUUUACAAGAUUUGCCUAAGCCACUUCAAGCAGAAGUUUCAGAUUUACCUAAAGUUCAACUUCAGCCAUCUAGGAUAGAGAAGAGAAAGCCUGAAGAUAUCAAACCUGAAUUUGUUGAUUACAAACUGAAAAGCUUUACUUUACAAGAAAUGCCUAAACCUCUUCAAGCACAAGUAUCUGAUAUAUCAAAAUUGAAGCCUAAAAAAGUAGUACAAAAGGAAGUAAAAAAAGAAGAAACAGUUGUCACAUCUUCAACUACGAUUGGAAUGAAAAAACCCGAGAGACCAUCUGAAAAAGAAACGAAGCCUCAAGAAACAACAAUUACUAAAGAAGUAUGUCAAGAAGAUGUGUCUUUUGAUUUAAUUACCAAGAGAACAGAAACUCAAGUAGAGAAGAUCCAGAAAUUAAAGGAAGAAAAGACAGUUGAUCAAAAGAUAGAAAUUGAUGUGUCUUCUCAGAAAGGUAAGCAGGAGAUUGUUACGAAAUCUUUUAAAACGCCUAAAUCCUCUACAACUUUGAAAGUUGAGAAAAGACAAUUAAAGGUCAAACGGGUCAAAGAUGAAGAAGAAGAAGAGGAGGAAACUCCUGUUGUCAGUACUGUUACUAUGUUGGAAUAUAAACCACAAAAAGUAGUCACAAUCGAGAAAAAACCUGAAAAGGCCAUAGUUCAGGAAAUAGAAUUUAUUGAUAAAACUCAAUUUAAACCUGAAAUAACACUAAAAAGUGAAGCAAAAAUUAAACCAGAAGUAGUAAGUAGGCAAGAAAUUCAAACAGAAUUUGAAAUAUCUUCCAGGCGUAGAAUUUUUGAAGACGAAAAAGUAAUUGAAGUUAAAAAGAUUGAAUUUACUCCAUUGCAACCUCAAAUACAUGAAAGAACUAUCCAUGUAUCUUCAACAGCUGUAGAAACACCAGAAAUUGAUGUGACGCAAAUCAAGAAACAAGAAAUUAUUGUAGAAAGUAAAGAAAGACCUAGAAUGCAAACCGAAAAGGAAUUUGAUAUAUCUACAUCAGAAAGAGCUACAGCGAAAAUUACGAUGGACAAAAAGGUUUCUAAAACUGCUAAAGUGACUAAAGAAGCGAAAAUUACAAAAGAUUCAGAACAAGAAAUUCAAUUAUCUACAAAAAAGAUGGGAAAAUCUAAAAUGGAAAUAAAACAAGUAAUCGAAGCUGAAGAAACAGAAAAAUCAUCUAAGCGUUUUAUUAUCCCUGAAAAAGCUCAUGUUGAAGAAAUCUCUAGCACUACUGAAGAAGUGACAAGCAUUAUUAAACCUCGUGUCAAAAAAGAAGAAGCAAUUUACAAGAUGUCUCCUCGUCAAUCUCUUAUUAUUUCUGAAGUAAGAGAUGAACAAAGUCCAACUGAAAUCAUUGUUUCAAAACCCAAAGAUGUCCAUGCAAUUGUUAAUUAUCGUGUUCAAGAACCUCUUGAUGUAGGAGCUGUAUUGCCUGAAGAAAAGCCUAAAGAAUUCUUACCUGGAACAGUACCAGGACAGGUUAAAGCGAAAACUACAAUAAAAACAAAGGAAUCAAUUUCAGUAUCUCAAGUUCGCACAGAAAUGACAUCCACAGAAUUGCAUUUGGAAGAAACACCGAGUGAAAAACAGGCUGCUUUAGAUAUGACUUCAAGAGAAACAUUUCAGGUAUCUCAAGUAUUACCUGAAGAAAGGCCUGGUAGCUUUGCACCUGGAAAAUUGCCUGGAGAAGUUCAAGCAGGUGUUCAAUGGACUACAAAUAAAUCUCUUACCGUAUCUGAAACUUCAGUACAACAAGCAGCAUCCCUUUUACCAGAAGCAAUAAAACCAUCUUCUGAAAAAGCCCACGUAGAUGUUUCAAAACAAGAGUAUAUUCAAGUAAGUCAAACUACGUUUGAAGAAAAACCUGGCCAAUUUGCUCCUGGUAAACUGCCUGGUGAAGUUCAAGCUGGUAUAAAAUUAACAACAACAGAAUCAAUUUCUGUAUCGGAAAUAUCGACAGAACAAAAGUCUGAAGAUCUUCUAUUGCAAAAGAAGCCUGCAAAAGUCCAAGCGCAGCUUGAAAUUUCUCAACAAGAAUCAGUGGAAGUAUCUCAGGCUGUCACUGAAGAAGCCCCUGGAAAAUUUGCUGCUGGUAAAUUACCAGGUGAAGUUCAGGCAGGUAUUAAGUGGACUACCAACAAACCUUUAUCUAUUUCUGAAGUAUCCACGGUACAAAGUUCAGAAUCAUUAAGUAAAGAAGAAAAGCCGCUGGAAGCUCAAGCUAAAUUAGGACUUUCACAGUUAGAAUCGCUGGAGAUUUUACAGACUUUAACUAGUGAAAAACAUGGACAAUUCGAAGCAGGUAGACUACCAGGCGAAGUACAAGCUGGAGUGAAAAUAACCACAAAGGAAUCGUUAGAAGUAUCUCAAACGUUAUCAGAAGAAAAACCUGGGCAUUUUGCCGCCGGUAAAUUGCCAGGUGAAAUUCAAGCAGAUGUCAGAUGGACAACUAAAAAGCCUCUCUCUGUGAUGGAAGUAGCCGCUGAGCAGCAUUCAGAAAAACUGGAAGAAUCAAAGCGUCCUCUUGAAAUGCAGGCUUUAGUGGAAGUAACUCAACAAGAACCAAUACAAAUUUCAGAAAUGAUGCCUGAUGAGAAACCUGAGCAUUUCCCUGCUGGUAAAUUACCUGGAGAAAUGCAUGCUGGUAUAAAAAUAACUACCAAGGAAUCUUUAUCAGUUUCGGAAGUUUCUACUGAACAAAUGUCAGAAAUACUACCAUCUGAAAAGAAACCCGUAUCAGCUCAAGCACAUUUUGAUUUAUCUCAACAAGAAUCUGUCCAAGUAUCUGAAAUGCUUCCUGAAGAGAAACCUGGACAAUUCGCUGCUGGAAGGCACCCUGGUGAACUUCAGGCUGGAGUCAAAUUCGUAACUAAAAAGCCCCUUUCGAUAUCAGAAGUAGAAAUACAGCAUAAAUCAGAAGAAAUUGAAGUUCAAAAGAAACCUUCUGAAGUAAAAGCGACUGUUGGUGUAUCGCAAUUAGAGUCUUUGGAAGUACUACAUGCCUUAGCAGAAGAAAAACCGGGAGAGUUUAGUGCUGGGAGACUUCCAGGUGAAGUUCAAGCAGGAAUUAAAUGGACAACUAAAAGUUCUGUUUCAGUUUCUGAAGUUUCUACGGAACAAAGUUCUGAAGAUUUGCCAUCUUCAAAGAAACCUACUGAAGUUCAUGCAUAUUUUGGGAUCUCUCAACAAGAAGGAUUAGAAAUAUCUCAAACAUUAGCUGAAGAAAAGCCUGGUCAGUUUGCUCCGGGUAAAUUACCUGGUGAAGUUAAAGCUGGAAUUAAAUUACCUAUAAAAGAAUCGUUAUCAGUUUUAGAGAUAGCAACUCAGCAAGAGUCUGGUGAUUUAGCAGAUCAAAAGAAACCUGCUACUGAAUCAGCAGUUAUUGGAGUUUCUCACCAAGAAUCUGUUCAAGUAUCACAGCCCGCAUUAGAAGAACAACCUGGACAGUUCGAAGCAGGAAGAUUACCCGGAGAAAUACAAGCUGGAGUAAAAUUAACCACAGAAUCUCAUGUUUCCGUUCUUGAAGUAUCUACUCAUCAAGAAUCCGAGCAGCUAGAAUUGAGAAAGAAACCUACUUCUGUAACAGCUUUAGUUGAUAUUCCCUUCCAAGAGAGUAUUGAGGUUCAACAAACAACUGCAGAAGAGUUACCUGAAAAAUUUGCUGCUGGUAAAUUACCCGGUGAAGUUCAAUUAGAUGUCAAAUGGACCACAAAGAAACCAUUAACUAUUUUAGAAACAUCAUCUCAGCAGACGGCUGAAAGUUUAGAGCCUGAUAAAAAGCCAUUACAGGUGCAAGCGCUGGUUGGAAUUCCACAUCAAGAAAGUGUUGAAGUAUCGCAAACCUUAGCUGAAGAAAGACCUGGCCAAUUUGCUCCUGGUAAAUUGCCAGGAGAAGUGCAGGCUGGAAUAAAAUUUACUACUAAAAAACCUCUAUCAGUUUCUGAAGUAUCUGUAGAACAAACUCCUGAACAAUUAAUUGAAAAACCAAAACCUUCAGGAAUACAGGCAUCUGUAGAGCUUGCUCACUUGGAAAGCGUGCAAGUUUCUCACACUCUUUCAGAAGAAAGACCAGGGCAAUUUGCACCCGGUAGACUCCCUGGAGAAGUUCAGGCUGAUAUUAAGUUCACGACUAAAAAGCCAUUGACUGUUUCAGAAAUUUCAAGCGAACAAACUCCAUCUGAUAUUGUAAUAGAGAAACCACAAGAAACAAAGGCUGGGGUGGAAUUAAUGCUAAAAGAAACUGUUGCAAUUUCAGAAGUUCUUUCAGAGCUGAAGCCUGAUGAAUUUGAAUCGAAAAAAUUACCAUCUGGAGUAAAUGCCGAAAGCAGAUUUGUUGCCAAACAAACAGUUUCAGUUGAAGAAGUUGUUUCUGAAUUAACUACUGGCGAUCUGAAAGCCAUGAAAGCACCAAUUACUAAGAAGUUGGAGUUUGAAGUUAUGAGUACCGAUUCUAUAUGUGUGUCCGAAACAGUUGUGGGUGAUCAGCCAAAAGAUCUUGUGCACAAAAAGCUACCUGCUGGUGAGACAGCUGAUGUUAAUAUUCCUUGCUUAGAAUCAGUUGCAGUUUCAGAAAUUACUUCUGCAGAUUUCCCAUCUGAAUUGAGUUUAGCCAAAAAACCUGCAGAGUUCACUGCGCUAGCAAACUUUUUGCCGAAAGAUUCUUUAGACGUAUCAGAGGUGACAACUGGAACCACAGCUGCUGAGCUUGUACCAGAUAAAUCACCAGAAAGUGCAUCUGCAUUUGUAAGUUACACACAGAAACAAUCAUUUACAAUACAAGAAACUAGUGCAGAAGAAACUUUCGAUGAAUUACCUGAAGAUCAAAAGCCUGUAGAGAAAAAGGCACAGUUUGCUCUGGCAAAGAAUACUCAUAUCAAUGUCUCACAAAUAUUUUCAGAAACGCACACUGAAGAAUUAUUGGUUGAGAAAUUACCCAAAAGUAAGAAAGCUAAUAUGUCAUUAACAGCCAUUGAACAUGUUUCAGUAUCAGAGAUUACUCCAGAGACCAAAACUGAAGAACUGAGCGCUGCAGAAAAAGCCAUUACUGGAGUUGCUAAAGUGGCUUUAUCACCUCAUGAAACCUUUAUUGUGUCCGAAGUGAUUGAGGAAAAUAGAGCUGCAUCGUUAGAACGAGAUCAGUUACCAGCAGAAACAAGUGCCAAAGUAAAAUUCAUUCCAGAAGAGCAUGUUGCCGUAUCUGAUGUAGAAACACAAUCCAUUACUGCUGAACUUGUGGAGGAUAAAAAACCGGAAGGCCAACAGGUGGAUUUCGUUGUAUCAUCGCAACAUACCCUGAGUAUAUCAGAGAUUCAAGUUCAAGAAAAAGAAAAAGAAUUUAAACCUCAUGAACUUCCUGGCUCUAAACAAUUGGACUUCGAAAUUCCAUCAGAUGUUGUAGCUGAAGUAUCAGAAGUUAUAACUCAGGAUUCUCUAAAAGAAUUGGAGAAAGGAGAAUUACCGACAGAAGUCGCUGAUGUAUCAAUUCCUUUCGAUUUGGCCAUGCAAGUUCUGGAAGUGCUCGAAAAUAGUUCUUUUAGCGAUAUGAAGCCAGAUGAAAUACCUGGGGCCAAGAAAGCCGAUUUCUCUAUUCCAUCAGAACUGGCUACCCAAGUAUUUGAAGUGCUGGCAAAUAGUUCCAUUGGAGAUCUAGCAAUAGCUGAGAGACCAGGUUCCAGGCAAGCUGGUGUAGAAAUCGCACCAGAUAUUGCUGCCGAGGUUUCUCUUGUCACGCCUCACAGCUCUGUGAUGGAUUUCAAACCUGGCGAAUUACCCGGGACACAAGAACUUGCUUUUUCAGUGCCUUCUGAUGUUGCGAUGCAAGUGGUGGAAGUGACUACCCAAGGGUCAUUACAAGAGUUGGCCGAGGAACGUCCUAAAGAAGCAACUGCAAAUGUCAGCUUACCAUCUGAACUGGCCACACAAGUCUUGGAAAUAUUAAGUGCCAAUACCGUAGCAGCUCUAACUGCAGAUUCCAUGCCGGGUGCUAGGAAAGUAGAUGUCAUACUGCCUUCAGAGAUAGCUAUGCAGGUGUAUGAAACGCUGGCUCACAGCUCUCUGUCUGAUAUGAAGCCUCAAGAAACGCCUUCUUCUGCCACGGCUGCUCUCGGUGUAGUUGAAAAAGUUCCUGUGCAGGUAAGUCAAGUAACUCCUGACCAAGGUUUGGGAGACGUCACAUUUGAUCGACCUCUGGAAGUCAAGGCCAAAGAAACUGCCAGGCCAGAACUGCCCACAGCCCAGACUUCUGAAACCAUCCAAGUUUUAGUCAUGGAAAGGGACGAAAAAACCGCUGUAAAGAGGACAAAAGAGGAGGAAUCUAGGGAUGAAGUUGUUCUGCGAAAGAAAGGAGUUAAAACAAAAGUGUCGAAAGGCAAAAGUGUAGAACAAAAAGAAUUAGACGUCGAUAUCCAAGCAAUAACUCGCGAUUCUGUUGGGGAACUAAGGACGGUCGAUACACAGACAGACACAGAGUUAGACAUUGAGGUUUCAUCUAAAAAGAUCAUGCCCAUUCAUUUAGAUUCGACGAAGGUCGAUAAACCUGAUUAUUCAUCGAAACUUAUUGUAAAGAAAGAGAAAAUAGAUGAUACAGAAUUAGUGACUGAGUUAGUAAAAGAUACUAGUGUCGCUGAAAAUGAUUCUAAUGCCAUGUCUAGUCUAGAAUUAACCAGAGAAACACCAAAAGAUACCGAAGAUGUUCAAAUCGAUAUUGAAAUGACUCGCAAAGAAACCAUUCCUAUUGAAUUAGAUUCUAAAAAAAUCGACAAACCUGAAUUUUCAACAAAAAUCGUUACUCAAAAGAAAAAAGCUAAGAAAGUUCCAGAAUUGGUAACAAAGUUAGUCGAGGAUACUGAAGAGACCCAGGAAGAUUCAACAUCAGUUUUGACUCUUGUUAAAGAUAAACGUGAUAUUGAAGUAGAUAUUGAAGUUAAAGAAAUGCCGCGAGAUAUAAAAGUAAGUAGCAAGAAAACUACGCAAGAAUUCAUUGAAGAAGUUCAGAUUGAGACUGUGCCGGAAGAGAAACCGAAGGAAUUUCAGGAGAGUAUUGAGAUUAAAAAGAAGAAGAAACCCAAGCGUGAAGAUAAAAUUUUAGACAUUAAAACGCACUCAGAAGUUGAAACCGUGGAUCAUGAGCAAACUUCACUCGUAGUAAGCAAAGUAAAAGAAGAAAAACAACCAGAUGAUGAAACUUUUGAAGAUUCAAUUACAGUUACUAAACGAAAGAAACCAAAAAAAGAAUCCGAAAGUCUGACUGUCGUCAAAAAGGAAAUUGAGGAAAAAUUUGAAGAUGAAUUAAAAACCGCCGAGGAUUCAAUUAGCAUAACUAAACGAAAAAGGCCAGAAAAGGAAACCGAAAGCGUUGUCAUUGAAACAACUCAAGAAACUGAGACAGAAAUUCAAAUGAGUAUUAAAGGACAGAAAAAAUCUGAAAAAUCAAUGCUUAAAAUACUUAAAAAGCCAAAAAAAGAAUAUGAAAGCGAAGCUCAGUUGGAUUUUAAACCGGAAGAGGAAACUCUUUCUCCCGAAGAAGUGGCCGAUAUAGAGGAACAGGAGGAAGUCGAUAAAACAGAGGUUACUCUUAAACGUAAAGUUAAAAAGCCUAAAGAUGAAAAAAUUGAUAUUUCUGUUGAAAAGAAACCUUCAGACGAUUUAAAUGUAACGUUAACAUCUAAGAAAACGGAAACAACAUCAAUUGAGGCUCUUAAAAGAUCUAAAAAGAAACCAGAAAAAACAAAAGCUUUUAUUUCGAAGAAAGGUAUCGAUUUAGAAAAUAAAGAAAGAAGUGAAAUUGAAUUAUUUCAAGGUGAGGUUGUGGAAAGUGUUCCUGAAGAAAUUCAUCCAGAGAAAGAUAUCGCUCAGGUUUCAUUUGUUACGCACAGACCACUUUGUGUAAGUUCCGUGACAGCUGAAGGUAGGGAAGAGAUUACCUCUCCUUCUGUCCAUGAAUCGAUAGUUGCUAAGAGCCGUCUAGCUCCACAGGAAGCUUUAAUAAUAACCGUGCCUGAUUCGAAUACUAAAGAGGGGUUGCUUACUGUAGAACAAGAAGUAACCCAAAAAGCACGUAUGGAAAUGCUGACAAAACAUUCAGUUUUAGUUACAGAAACAGAAUCGACAGACAUGGAGGGAAAACUUGCUGAAGUUCCUGUUGUAAAAGUUCUUGCAAGACAAUCAAUUUUACCAACAAAACCUGUUGUUGUAGAAGAAGUAAGCAUUCAAGAUACAGUUUCUAAAUUUAAAUCUUCAGAAGUUGUGAAACAUGAAGGGGUUAUUAGCUAUCAAACUCAUCAUCCUAUAUCUGUGGAAGAAGUUAUUUCUGAAGCGAAGGAAUCCAGGUUAUCACCUGACAGAUUCCAAACGCAAAAGAUUACCUCUGAUAUAAAACCUUUAUCAUAUAUUCAAGUCUCUGAAAUAUAUUCAAAAGAUACCUCUGAAGAAUUAAAACAAACUGAAACUGUUUCAACUACUGCAACUUCUGAAAUAACCACCCAAGAAGCUGUAAUUAUUGAAGAGGUCGAUGCUUCUGGAGCUGGGAAAACAAUUGAUAUUGAGAAGCCAAAGAAAGGUAAAGCAUCGGAGAGAAUGAUUUUAGGACAGGAAUUAUCAGUGACUGAGAUAAUAUCCGAAGAUAAAGAGGAAGUAUUUAGAACGGAGAUUAUACCGAAAUCGACAACAGCUAUAGAGGUCUUACCUAAAGAUAUCUCAAUUGAAGUAAGUGACACUGUUAUUCUUGGAGCUACUAAAGAAAUUGCAGAAAAAAUACCGUUUAGCAAAACGGCAUCUGUAACUUUCGAAGCCAGAGAAAAUAUAUGCAUAACUGAAACUACCCCUGCUCACCUCGAAGAUAAGCUGGAUGCCAGUCUUGCGAUGCCUCAGGUAUAUCCAAACUUAUCUGUCUCCCCAAGCCAAACAAUUCAGAUCUCAGAGAUCCAAGUUCAUGAUAAAGAAUCAGCUUAUACUCCAGAUACUUUAACAAAGCACACCGCAAAGCCUCAAAUGAUUCAUAAUGAAUCUAUUAAUGUUACGGAAAUUUUGAUUGGGGAUCGAGAAGAAAAUUUGAUUUUACCUGAAAGUAAACCUGCAAGGUUUCCAGAAGCUUCUCUGCCAUUAUCUGAAGCCAUUAUAGUAUCUGAAAAUAAAUGUAUUGCUAAAGAAGAUGAGCUUAGCAUUGUUGAAGCACCAAAGGCAUCGCAUGCUUCAUUUGUGCACUCGUCAAAUUUUGCUCUUUCUGUUAUAGAAACUGAGGCGUCUGAAACCGGUGCUUUACUUCACGAAGAUAAAGUGCCUCAAGAAAAUGUUAAAAGAACUUUUGUUCCAGAAGAAGCUCUUAGUAUUGUCGAAGUAAGCCCAGUAGAUAAGGAAGGUGUUGUGAAAACUGAUUUUCAACCUAUAAGUAAAACUCUCACUGCAUCUUUUGUCCCUGAAAAGGCUUUGCAAGUAGCAGUAGAUGACACUUUUGAUAAAGAGAGCUCAUUCGAGGAAAGAAAGUCUAAAACUUAUCAGGCUGAAGAAACUCUCCAAACAACAUCUGAAGCUCUUGAAGUCAAAUCUGGAGAAUUUACUAAAGAAGAAAAACUUGGAGUUGUUGCUGAAACCUUAAAAUCCUUUGCAAUACCUGAAUAUACACCGUACCAAGCUGUUUCCAUUUCGGAAACGGGAGCAGAGGUGAGUGAAGAACCUUUGUCGCCAGAUUCGCAAGCUGUCGAAAAGAUUUCUGCGACCGAACGUAUUUCAACUCAGAAAUCCGCUAUUGAAAUUUCAGAAACACAUACUGUGGAUCAAGAAGGAGCAUGGUCGAAGGAUUGGAAACCUGAAGGCAGAUAUGCUGAAACAAAUUUACAGACAGAAGAAGCAUGCACUGUAUCAGUUAUGGAGACCAAUUUAGCGGAAGAAAGUUUAACGUUAGAAACAGCUCCAAUAUGUAGUAAACCUCGAUUUGAUGUUAUUACUCAGCAAGCUAUGACAAUAUCUGAAAUCACGUCGCACAUAAAAGAAGGAGGUGUUCAAUUAGAAUCGAUUCCGAAUAGUAUGAAAGCCACCAAAGCUAUAGUUGAAGAAAUUGCUGUUGAAAUUUCAGAAAAUGAGCUGGUAUCUAAAGAAGAGGAAUAUAAACCUCUUCCUUUACCAAGUGGCAAGAAACUCACUAUCCGACAUGAAUAUAAGCCAGAGAAAGCUGUAACCGUAUAUGAAAUGCAAACUAAUGUAAUGGAAGGGACUCUAAAGCCUGAAUCAUUGAAAUAUGAUAAAGUAAAUGUUUUGUUAGAAGAAAAUGCUGCCUUAGAUGUUAAAGUCGUGACAGAUUCAGGAGAAGUUAAAGAAAUGAUAGAAAUAAAACCAGAUUUCAAAACUGCUGCUGUAGAAAUUUCUCCCACAGAAGCCAUACAAAUAACAGAAGUAAAGAGCAAGGACAAAGAAAAUAUUUUGGAAAUGGAUAAGAAACCAACGCUUCAGACAGCAAAUUUAAAUGUUACCACUAAAUCUGCGGUGUCUGUUACUGAAGUUGAAUCAUCUGUUAAAGAGGAAGAAAUAACUGAAGUUUCCCAUCCACAUUUUAAAAAGGCUCAACCCACUUUAGAUGUCGAAGAAGCUUUAACAGUUGAAGAAAUAGAAACUGGUGUAAGUGAGAUGAUGUUGAAAGAAAAAGUGCAUCCAAUACCUUUCCAUGCGGAUUUCAGUGUCAUGGAAGAAAAAGCGAUAGAAAUCUUACGAGUUCAACCAAAUUAUUCUUUCAGUGAUUUACCAACACCUGAAUCUUAUCCCGAUACUAAGAAAGCUUCUAAAUUGGUAGAAACUAGUGAAAUGCUAAUUAUUGAUGAGGUUACUUUGGCUGGAACUACAGAGGAAUAUGAGGGUCUUUCAAUAACUCCUGAUUCUAAAUGGGCUUCUGUAAGUCUUGAGCAACAGCAAACAUUUUCUGUUUUGCAAGUGGAAUCAAAUUUUAAGGAAACUCAAAUGAAUGACUUCGUCCUACCUCUUCAAAGCCAGAUUACGCCAUCUUUGCAAGUCACGGAAUCUCUUGAAAUCAGUUCUGUAGAAACUACUGAAAAAGAGUCAAAGCUGAAGUUGUCUCCCAUUCCUGCCAGUAACCGAGCAGAAAUAUCUAUUCCAGAAUCGGUCGCAUUUGCGUUAAGUGAUAUACAGACUAGUGGCAUAACUAGUGAUAUUGUAACUAUUCCCGACCAUACCACCGUUGAGGGAACAGUUAGUGUUGUGUGUCAUCAUCCGAUCAACAUAACUGAAAUUGAAAGCAUUCCUCAAGAAUCGCCUCUUGAUGUUGGUGGGCUAAAGAAACCAGUCUUAGCACAAACUACAUAUAGCACUCCUCAUAUAUCACUCACGGUAACAGAUACACUUUUAAAAUCUAAUACAGAAGUUUUACGGCAGGCCAUGCCUCAUACCGAAAAUGUACAACCGAAUGUUAUAUUUGAUGAAUCAGUACAAAUUUCCGAAGUCAGAACAUUAGAAGAAACAAAUAUUGUUGACAUAAUCGACACACCUCACGAAGUGGAAGCGUCAUUGUCAGUUGUUCCUCAACAGGCAUAUGAUGUUUCCUCGAAUGAAACCUUAAUGUCCGAAAUCAAAUUUAGACCUGAAAUUGAAGCUACAAAAACUGUAUCAACUUCCUUAAUUCCCCACAAAGCAGUUCAGAUAAAUAUUGCUAAAUCUAUUGUUAGUGAAUCCGAAUUUUCACCUGAAGUUUUGCCAGAUAAUAAAGUUGCCCAACAGAUACUUUCGCCUUUCGACCAUAUUCAAAUAGAGGAAACUCUUGUACACCAAACUUCUGGACCAUACGCUGAGAAGGAGAAACCUGAAACUAAAGAAGCAGAUUCAAGUCUUGUAUGCCUGAAACAGUUGGCUGUUAUACAACAACAUACGUCAGGUACCUGUGAAAGUGAGCUGAUUUUGGAAGAAAUUCCAUCAUCUCAUUCCGCGGAUGUUCAGAUAAUGUCAACACAGCCCAUUGAAGUUUCUCUUACACAACCAGAGACGAAAGAAUCGGAUUUCGUGGAAAGAGUUCCUGUUGUAUCUAAGACUGCAUCAUCCUCAUUCCCAACAACUGAAGCUUUGGUGAUGGAAGAAGUAACCAUAGUUAACCAGCUUGGAGAAUAUGAAAUUAAACAACCUUCGACCCGUAAAGCCGAAGUUGGUAUCUCAAGCCUAGAACAUCCUUCUGUUGCAGAAAUUGAAACUGGCGAAGUAGAGUCCGAACUCGAAUUACCAGUUCAACCAAGCACCCACAAACCUCAUGUUAAUGUAGCACCACAAGAAGUUCCGAUAGUUUCUCAAAUUCAGGUAGGCGAUGUGGAAGAUAUUUUGCAGGAAACUGUUAUUCCACAGACUCACAAAACUAAAGCUGUCUUUACAACUCUCGACUCUUGUAUUAUCGAAGAAACGAAUGUGUCAGGAAGUGAAAGAGAUUUGGCUGUUAUUGAUCAACCUCGAAUGAAAGCUUUUGAAACCUACAACCCUCAUGAAGUUGUUUCAGUUUCCGAAAUAGUUUCAGAAUUUAAGGAAGGCUUUCUAACGGCGGAAAGUCGGGUGCCUGAAAAAUCAGCUACAGCAUCAUUUGCUGGGCAACAUAGUGUUCAAGUUUCCGAUACUAUCGUAAAUGAGCAGGAAGCUCCUUUAAGCGAUUUAAUUAUGCCACAGGCUCAACAAGCAGACAGCCAAAUUCUUUCGCAAAUAGCUGUUAGUAUUAAAGAAAACACACCCCAUGACUCAACAAUUCCUGUUGAAGUGUCUGAUACAAGUAAUCUAGAAAAGAUACCUGACAUUCAAAUGAUAACUAAUUAUCCAGUUUCUGUUUCAGAAACGGCUUCAGAGCUUCGAGAAGUUGACAUUCUUUCAGAGGAGGCUGCGAUGUCUAAGAAAGCAACUGUAUCAAUUCUUGGUAAAAUCACAGCUUCUGUUGAACAUGUGUCGAUAUGUGAUACUUCAGACACCUUGAGACUUGAUAUCUUGCCGACACCUCACAAAGCAGAUACUGCACUUACUCCACAGCAAUCAAUCAUCGUUCAAGAAACCAGAUGGGAUCAGAAAGAAGAAGCAUUUGAACAAGAAAAAUUCCCCCUACACGAUGCCAAUACAGAUAUAUCCUUAAUGAGAGCUCUCGAAAUUUCGGAAUGCACGCCCGGUACGAAAGAACAAAUUCUUCCCCAAGAAAUUCUGCCAGACACACACGAGGCUCUAGUGGAUAUACCUGCGGAGGAGGCUUUGUCCAUAAUAGAAGUCAACAUCGAUGAUAUAACACGAAAAUUGUCUUUACAGACUGCUCCAAAAGAAGAUUUUGCUACUUUACAGAUGACCUUGCAUGAAACAGUUCUAAUUGAACAGCAAAGCCAAGCUGAGAAAGAAAGUGAUAUGAAAGUAAAAUCAUUGCCAAAAUCUAUUACAGCAGCUUCAUCUCUUCCGACGGUGAAACAUCUAAAUGUAUCCGAAGUAACAACUGCUACAUCAUGCGAUAAAUUACGUCCUGAUGAGAUUCCUUUUGAAACAACCGCUGAUUUCUCCAUAGAUACCCAGAAAAGUCUGAUUGUUUCUGAAGCCACUUUUGGAACUAAAGAAGAUAUCUUUAUUCAACCUGUGGCACCUAAAGAGCAUGUGGUUCAACCUGAAUUUGUACCUAUUGAGCCAGUUUAUGUCUCUGUCGUCGACAGUGAAACUAAAGAAGAUGAAAUGGUUGCUGAAAAGAAACCAUCCGAAAGUCAAGCUAAUCUCAAUAUUAGCUCUACAGAGAGCGUACAAGUAUCAGAGGUCCAAAGCCACUUGAAAGAGGGAGUUUUUGUUACCUCAGCACUUGCUCCGGAAAUAAAAGCCCCUUUUUCAUUAACAACUGAAGAAUGUGUCGUGAUUUCAGAAGUGGAAGUUGCUUCCAAAGAAGGCGACUUAAGUUUAAAAGAGAGACCAAAGCAAGUUACAGCAGAUUUCUCAUUUUCAUCUAAAAAGCAUGUAACAGUUUGUGAAAUUGAAACACAGUUUAAGGAGGAUACAUUGAUUCCUUCGAAAAUGCCUUCUACCGUAAAUGCUAAUUUGACGCUACCAGAAGAAGAACAUGUUUUGGUUACAGAGGCUAACGUCGAUAUGAAAGAAGGAAUUUUCAAACCGGAGAAAUUACCCUCAGAUACAUUUGCCCAAGUAUACAUUCCUACUGAACAACAUGUAGUUGUAAGUGACGUAGUAUCUGAAAUGAAAGAAGGGUUGUUAAAUGUUGAGAAAACCCCACUUUUGGAAUCAGCAAAAUUUACUGUUCCUACGGAAGAACAUAUUAGUGUAUCCAAAGUUAUUACGUCUCAUAAAGAAGGGGAGCUUAAAGAAAUGAAAAAUCCAGAUUCAAUAACGGCACCAUUUUCGAUACUGACCGAGAAACACGUAACUGUUUCACUUACAGAAUCUUCGAUAAGAGAAGGAGAAUUGGUACAACCAAAAUUGCCAGAAACUACAACUGCAUCGUUUUCUAUACCGACGGAAUCGCAUGUUGUGGUUGUAGACACUUCUUCAGGUGAAAUGGAAGAAAACUUGGAUGUUCAAAAGAUUCCACGAGAACAUCAAGCCGACUUUUCUAUUCCAACUGAAGAGCAUGUGAUAAUUAGCGAAAUUCUCGCACCAAUAUCUGAAGAUACUCUCUCUCCUGACAAGAAACCUUUAGAAUAUUCUGCAGAAACUAGUUUAGUUUCAGGUGAGCAUAUUUUAGUAUCUGAAAUUGAAACAGCCACCAAGGAAGCUGCUCUUGAAGAAAUGAAAAAACCCAAAUAUGAUACAGCUGACAUAUCUGUUGACAUGGAGCAGCAUCUCCUUGUUUCUGUGGUACAGUCAAAUGUAGGAGAGAAGGAAUAUAUACCAGAUAAGAAACCAGUGGAACAGAAUGUUAAAAUCAGUAUUCCAGCCGAGAAACACUUGACAGUGUUUCAAGUUACAUCUAAUACUGCAGAAGAAUUCUUACCAGAAAAAGCAAAACCAUUAACGGCUUUGGCUGACUUAAGUGUUCUAACAAAAGAACAUGUUUUAACCUCUACUGUCGAAACGGUUGUGAAGGAAAGCACUUUAGAGAAGGAUAAAUUUCCUGAGAUGGCUACUGCAAAAACAACACUCCCUGCUGAAGAACAUGUCAUUGUUUCUUGUACUGAUAUAAAAGAUAAGGAAGCGGAAUUGAAACCAUUGAAAAUGCCUGCAGAAGUUCAGUUAGGCUUCUCUUUCCGUACACUAGAGCAUGUCGUAAUCGGUGAAACUCAAAGUCAGGCAUCUGAAGAAGAACUUCUUCCUGACAAAGCGCCUAAAAGCUUUGUUGCCGACCUGUCUGUUCUUAAAGAAGAUCAUGUUACAGUUUCCGAAAUUUUGCCGGAUGUCAAAGAAGGUGAAAUGUCAGAUUUCAAAACUCCUGCUGGUAUAACAAUAGAUUUCUCUCUUGGAACUGAGGAGCAUGUUAUAGUUGAUAAAAUAGAUGUUCAAUCUAAGGAGAGAGAAUUUCUACCUACAAAGGCGCCUCUUUCUACUGUUGCUGAUUUCAAAGUUUCAGAACAAGAGCAUUUAGAAAUAACAGAAGUUCCUGUUCAAAUUAAAGAAACUGACCUUGUACCUGAUAAACUACCUGAAACAGUGCAAGCAAAGGUUACUAUACCAUCACACGAAUAUGUGUCAGUUUCAGAUGUCCAAGAAACAAUCGAAUCCGAAGAACUAAAGACUGAACCUACUCCUAAAGUUGCUGAAGCUGAUGUUAACGUACCUUCUCAAACUCAUGUGAUUAUUUCGGAAAUGGUUGUAACACAGAAAGAAGGAUUAGUAGCUGAAAUGAAGAAACCGCAGGAGUUGCAAGCUGAGUUAACUAUUCCUGCAGCUGAGCAUGUUAUUAUAUCUAAAGUAAUAACUGGUAAUCGGGAAGGUGAAUUCGUCAAAGAAAAAUUACCUUUGCAAGAAACCGCCGAUUUCACUGUACCAAGCAUGAAACAUGUAAUUGUUUCAGAAGUAGAAACGGUGUCCUCUGAAAAAGAGUUCAGACCUGACUCCAAACCUGUAUCCCUAAAAGCGGAUGUUACUUUGCCAACUGUAGAACAUGUGGUUGUUUCUGAAGCAAAGUCAAUUAUAAAAGAAACGGAAAUGAAAACUUUCGAAAAGCCUAAGGAAUCAAAAGUAGAUGUUACUGUACCAUCAAAGGAACAUAUUGAGAUCAGCAUGGUUGAAACUGUCACAAAAGAGAGUGAUCUUGCUCCUGAUAAGUUUCCAACAACUGUUCAGGCUUCUUUCACUGUACCGACGGACGAGCAUGUUGUUAUUUCUGAAAUAUCCAGUCACCAAAAAGAAGAUAUUUUGCAAACCCCGCGACGACCAUCUGGAGUUAGUUUAGAUUUUAGUGUUUCUUCUGAAAGUCAUGUACUCGUUUCAGAAAUACAGACAGUAACAAAAGAGGAAGAGUUUAUUAACAAGGAUGUCCCGAAACAAAUUAAGGCAGAUUUUACUAUUCCUGCUGAAGAAUAUAUAAUCGUUAGCGAAACUCAGAUCCAAACUCGCGAGGGUACUUUGAAACCUGAUAAGACUCCUUCAACCGUGAUUGCGGAUUACAGCGUUCCGACUGCAGAACAUUUGGAAAUAUCGCAAGUCCAAUUUGAAACUCAGGAAUCAGAAUUAGUGCUACCGACAGCUCCUAGAGAAGAAACAGCUGGUCUAACAAUACCUACAAAGCAUCAUGUUCAAAUUUCUGAGGUUGAAUCAGAAAUAAAGACCGGGGAAGUAAGCGUAGAAAAAACACCGAGGUUGGCAAAAGCAGAUGUAACUGUACCAGCAACCGAGCACAUUAUUAUCAGUGAAACCGAGAGUAAUUUGCAAGCAAAAGAAUUUUCAGCUAUUUUACCUAAACCAGAUAAAGCUAAGCAAACAUUAGCUGUUAAAGAACCAAUAAAAAUCGAUGAAAUUCCCGGGGAAGUAAGCAUUGAACAGCAAAUUACGCUGUCACACAAAAAAGAAAAACCAAUAAAGAAAGAAAAGGAAAAGUUAGAUUUCAUUGACGUAGUAUUUGAAGAAGCGGCUGAAUUUCAAAUUAAAAAACCUGAAGAGGAAACAGUUAGACUUACUGAAGAAACAUCUUCUUCAGUCAGUGUUGUGCAAGAAAUUUCUAAGCCUCGAAAAGUCACAGAAGGAAAGGCCCCCGAAGAAUUUUCGCCAUUUAUUGUAACAUUACCGGAAGACGAAGAAAUAACAGAAGAAACUAGUGAAGCUUCUUUGACUAAGAAACGUACAGUAAAAGUUGUUCAUAAGAAAAUGAAAGAUGGUAGAAUUGCUGAAGUCAAAGAAAUUGUUGAAACAUUUGCAUCUAUUCCUAGCAGAGAUUCUAAACCAACUAUUGAAGAUGUUACGGAAACCGAUUACGUAGUUUUCGAGACUGAAACUGGUAAACAGCCUAUCAUAGAAGAAUACGAAGAUCAGCCUUUGAAACCAGAAGAAUCAGAACAACCUGAAGAACUUCAAGCUAUUGUUCAAGAAGAAACUCUGCAGGAAAAAGAUGAAGUUGAUGUCAUCUUGAAGAAAAAACCGAAAAUUAAAAAACAAAUUACACCUAUAGUGAAAACAGAGAGUACAGAUGAGGAAACUGAGGAGACAAAGAUCACUCUAAAAAAGAAAACAAUUGUUGAAGAAAUAGAUGUAAUACCUGCAGUAAAAGAUGAUGCAACCACGGAACAAGAAGAACAAAUUAUAUCGAUACCUCGAGUCGAAAAGUUUACUGAUGAUGUAGAAAUCCUUAUUGAAGGUGCUGAAGACAUUGUGCCAAAAGCGGAAGCUAAAGUUCGAAGAGAAGGCCCUGAAGUGUUCAUAUCUGAAGUUCAUGAAACUAAAACUGAGCAACCAAUUGACGAAAAGAAAUCUAAACCUAAGACAAAGAUUUCUGAGGAAACAACUAAAGUUACUAUAAAGAAACAAAAGAAACCUAAGGCAGAUACUACAUUAGAAAGGCCUGAAGGUGAAGCGCCUGAAACCAUUGCAAUCGUCAGUCUUAAAAAACCAGAGGAAGUUUCAAUCGAAAAACCUUUUGAGGAAACAAAAAUUGAAGAGAAGAAAAUAGAAUCUAUUAAGGAAGAAAAGAGACCUGAUGAGAUAAUUGAGAUCACUGAUGAAAAGAAAGAAAAACCAGAAAACGUUGACGAAACUGUUCUUAAGAUUAAAAAGAAACCAAAGAAAGAGGUAAAACCUGAAGAAAUUACUGAGAUUUCAAUUAAAAAGGAAGAGAAGCCAAAAGAAGAAGAAAAGCCUGAAGAAGUAAAAGUAGAAUUCAAGCCUGUAAAGCAGGAAAAGAAACCUGAAGAGCUCACUGAGGUCUCUCUAGAAAUGAAAGAAAGACCGAAAGAGGAAAAACCAGAAGAAAUUGAUAAAGCUAUACUUAAAAUUAAAAGGAAGUCUAAAGAAAAACCUGAGGAAAUCACUAAGAUUACAAUUAAAAAAGAAGAGACACCAAAAGAAGAAGAAAAACCAGAAGAAGUGAAAGUAGAAUUAAAGUCUGUAGAGCAGGAAAAGAAACCCGAAGAGAUUACUGAAGUUACUAUUGAACAGAAAGACAAACCUAAAGAGGAAAAUACAGAAGUAGUUAAGAUUAAAAAGAAGCCAAGGAAAGAUGAGACACCAGAAGAGAUAACUGAUAUAACAAUCAAAAAGAAGAAAAAACCAAAAGAGGAGGAAAAAUUAGAGGAGAUACAAGUAGAAUUAAAACCCGUAAAAGAAGAAAAGAAAACUGAAGAGAUUACUGAAAUCACUGUUGAAAAGAAGGAAAAACCAGAAGAAAUUGAUAAAUCUGUUCUUAAGAUUAAAAAGAAACCAAAGAAAGAGGAAAAACCCGAAGAAAUUACUGAGAUUACAAUUAAAAAGGGAAAGAAGCCGAAAGAAGAAGAAAAACCUGAAGAAGUGAAAGUAGAAUUAAAGCCGGUUGAGCAGGAAAAGAAACCUGAAGUGAUAACUGAGGUCUCUCUUGAAAUGAAAGAAAGACCAAAAGAGAAAAAACCAGAAGAAGUUGAUAAAACUGUUCUAACGAUUAAAAAGAAACCAAAGAAGGAGGAAAAACCUGAAGAAAUUACUGAGAUUACAAUUAAAAAGGAGGAAAAGCCGAAAGAAGAAGAAAAACGUGAAGAAGUGAAAGUAGAAUUCAAACCUGUAGAGCAGGAAAAGAAACCUGAAGAGAUAACUGAGGUCUCUCUUGAAAUGAAAGAAAGACCAAAAGAGGAAAAACCAGAAGAAGUUGAUAAAACUGUUCUUAAGAUUAAAAAGAAACCAAAGAAAGAGGAAAAACCCGAAGAAAUUACUGAGAUUACAAUUAAAAAGAAAGAGAAGCCAAAAGAAGAAGAAAAACCUGAAGAAGUGAGAGUAGAAUUCAAACCUGUAGAGCAGGAAAAGAAACCUGAAGAGAUAACUGAGGUCUCUUUUGAAAUGAAAGAAAGACCAAAAGAGGAAAAACCAGAAGAAGUUGAUAAAACUGUUCUUAAGAUUAAAAAGAAACCAAAGAAAGAGGAAAAACCCGAAGAAAUUACUGAGAUUACAAUUAAAAAGAAAGAGAAGCCAAAAGAAGAAGAAAAACCUGAAGAAGUGAAAGUAGAAUUAAAACCUGUAAAGCAGGAAAAGAAACCUGAAGAGAUCACUGAAGUUUCUCUUGAAACGAAAGAGAGACCAACAGAGCAAAAGCCAGAAGAAGCGAAAAUCACAAUUAAAAAGAAACCGAAAGAGGAUGAAAAACCAGAGGAGGUAAAAAUAGAAAUGAAACCUUCCAAAGAUGAGGAAAAACCGGAGGAGAUUGCUGUGUUCACUGUAGAAAAGAAAGAAAAACCAAAAGAAGAAGAGAUAGUUUUUGUAAGAAAACCGUCAAUUAAAGAAGAAGAAAAGACUGAAGAAACAGUUGUGAAGUUAAAAAAGAAAUCGAAAGAUGAAAAAACAGAAGAAAUAUUGGUAGAAAGAAAAUCUUCAUUGAAAGAAAGUAAAAUACAAGAAACUAUCGAAGAAACAACUUUUGUCCUGAAAAAGAAAGCAGAGGUGGUCGAAGCAACAACUGAUAUCCCCAAAUUACCUUCAAUUUCUGACAUUCCAAAACAAGAGAAAGCUUUAAUUUCCGAAAUACCCGAAGAACCUGAAAAACCUGUUGCUGAAGAAACAGUUGAAAAGGCAGUAGUCAAACUGAAGAAAAAGUCAAAAGAAGAAGAGAAGCCCGUGGAAAUCACUGUUGAAAGAAAACUAUCUCUUGAUGAAGUAAGUAAGACGGAAGAAGUUACUGAACAGUCGAUUGUAAAGUUGAAAAAGAAACCAAAGGAAGAAAAACCGUCUGAAGUCGUUUUGGAAAGAAAACCUUCACUUCAGGAAGAAAACUCUGAAGAAAUUGUUGAAAAAGCUGUCUUAAAACUGAAAAAGAAGCCGAAGGAAGAAGAAAAACCUGUAGAAGUUACUGCUGAAAGAAAACCAUCCAUUAAAGAAGAGGAAAAACCGGAGGAAGUCUCUGAACAAGCUGUCUUGAAAAUAAAAAAGAAACCUAAAAUCAAAGAAGAGAAAGAAGAAACUGUAACUAGAAAGCUUUCUUUGAAAAAAGAAGAAACAGAAACAACUGAAGAAGCAGUAGUUACCAUAAAGAGAAAGUCCUCGAUAAAAACUGUGGAGCAUGUAGAAUCGGUUGUGACAGUGUCCGAGGAAGCUCCUUUGAGACCUAUUCAAACUGUAACUGAGACUACUACUGUCACAAUUGUACAGAAAGAAGAACCAAAGACAGCAGACAUCAAGAGGAAACCAUCAAUUAAGGAAGCAAUAGAAGGUGAUGUAGAGACUGAAGAUGCAACUCAAUUUGCAACUGAACCUAUUACUUCUGAUAAAGCAAAGGAAGAAUUCGUGGAACAGACGCUGGAAAAAGCUGAAUUACAUCCUGAAGUAAAAGUUUUGAAAUCCGAAGAGAAAGUAGAGAAAAUUAAAUUGAAAAAGAAGCCAGUUAUAAAAGAUGAGACUCCGAUUGAAAAGUUCGAAAUACCAUUAAAAUUAGAAGAAACAGAAAAGCCAAAGGAAGAAACAGAAUCAUUUUCUGUUGUUUUGGAACAAAAGCCUAAAGAAGAGAUACCUGCUGAAGAAGCUCAAAUAGUAAUUCAGCAACCAGAAGAAAUAAAAUAUACUGUUGAAGAACAAACAGUCGACUUAACUGUUAAAAAGAAAGUAGUGAUUGAAGAACCUGAGAAACAUUUACCUGAAGUAUCAGAAGUCCCUGAAACUCAAGAAAAAGUAAUACUGAAGCGGAAACCGAAAAAGAAAGAAGAACCAGUGUCGGAGGAAAUAACAGUCGUAAAGAAACCCGAAGAAAAAACGGAGGAACCUGAAGAAGUAACGGAAAUAGUUAAGUUAACUCCUAAAGCAGAGAGAAAGAUUGACAUCACUGAAGAAACAAGCUUUAAACUGACUACUUCUGAGAUAAAAGAAACUAAAUUCGAGGUGCAUGAAGAAAAGGCUGAAAUUACUGUGAAGAAAGCUGUAAUUGAAGAAAGUAAACCUGAAGAAGAAAAGCCUUCUGAAAAGACCGAACCAGUCGUAGAAAAAGUGAAAUUAAAGCGUAAACCGAAAGUUGUAGAAGAGCCAGCUGUUGAGAGCGUGCAUAUUCCACAGCCUGCCAAAUUGGAAAAACCAGAAGAAGUGGAAGAUGUUCAACAAGAAUUUAAAAUCGAGUUACCAACGAAACCUGUUAAGCAGGAGGAUGUUGAAGAAACAACUGCAGAAUUGUCUGUACCAGAAAAACCUGAAAAAUUCAUAGUUCAAGAGGAAACAGCUGAAAUUACAGUAAAGAAAGAAGUGAAGCCAGUUGAAAAGGAAGAAAUCGAAACUACAGUUGUAAGGAAGAAGAAAGUUAAGAAAGUUGAACCAGAGAAGCUUGAUGUUGUGGAAUUCAAAAUAAAGCCUCAAGAACCAGAAGAAGCACCUAAAGAACCAGAAUCUGUUGAAGAAGUAUUCGAAGUAAAGAUGAAACCGAAAGAAAAAGAAAAACCGGAAGUUCAAGAAGAAACUGCUGAAGUUGUCGUUCUUGAGGAAGAGAAACCCAAAACAUAUGCAGUUGAGGAAGAAAAGGCUGAAAUCACUGUGAAGAAAAAAGUCGAGGUUGAAGAAGUAACCGAGAAAAAGAUUCUUAAGAAAAAGAAAACUCCUAAGGUCCAAGAACCCACAGAAGCUGACUUCAAAAUAACAUUAGACGAAAAGAAACCAGAAGAAGUGGGACCGGAAACCGUAGAAGAAAAAUUCACAAUUAAACCUAAGAAAGUUGAUAAACCUGAAAUUAUUGAAGAAGUCCAAGAAGUUCUAAAAUUAGAGCCACAACCUGAAAAGCAAAAAUAUACUGUAUCCGAAGAAGCUGCUGAAAUAACUGUUAAAAAGAAAGUUAUCGAAGAAGAUGUGGGCGAGGUAAAAAUUACUCCCAAAAAGAAAAAGCCGAAAGAAGCGGAAGAAGAUAAACCUGUGACUUUUAAAAUUCCUGUUGAAAAAGAAAAGCCAGAAGAAAAACCAGAGGACAUAGAAGAAAAGUUUGCUUUAAAAAUUUCGAAGAAAGAAACUUCUCAAGUGACUGAAACAGUGGAAGAUGUGGUUACUAUAAAAGAAGAAAUACCAGUACGGGAAGAAGUAGAGGAAGCGGAAAUUACUGUUAAGAAAGAAGUUAUAAUUGAAGAAAAACCUGAAACUGCCGUGAUUAAAAAGAAAGCUAAACCUAAGCCUAAACCAGAAAAACCAGAAUCUCCUGUUAAGGAAACGUUCGCUGUGCCUUUACCUCAAAAGAAAGAGUCUUCUCCAGAAGACACUUCCGUAGAAGAGAAAAUCACUUUAGGCAUUCAGAAAAAACCAAAAGAAAUAAAGGAAGUCGUUGAAGAAUCCGUGAAACUCACUAUCGAAAAGGAAGAAGUUAAAGAAUACAAACGAGAAGAAGCUGAAGCUGAAGUUACAAUUAAGAAAGAGGUCAUCAAAGAAGAAUCACCAAAGAAAGAAGAUAUUGAAGUUACAAAGAAAUUGAAGUUGAAAAAGAAACCCGAACCUAAAGAACCUGAAGAACCCGUUGAAGAAACUUACAAAAUUCCAUUGAAAGAAGAAAAACCAAAAGAACCUCAAGAAGAAGCUCCUGUGGAAGAAGCAUUCUCGGUUAAAUUAAAACAGAAAGAAAAAACAACCAUAGUUGAGACUGAGGAGGAAUCUUUUAAACUCACUUUUCAGAAAGAAGAAAUUAAAGAAUAUAAGCGUGAGGAUGCUGAAGCUGAAAUCACUGUCAAAAAAGAAGCAAUCAAAGAAGAAUCACCAAAAAAAGAAGAUAUUGAAGUCACAAAGAAGCUGAAACUAAAAAAGAAACCAGAAGCUAAAGUUCCGGAAAAACCUGUAGAAGAAACUUUUGCUGUUCCACUGAAAGAAGAAAAACCAAAAGAACCUGAAGAAGAAGCUCCUGUGGAAGAAGCAUUUUCAGUAAAAUUGCAACCAAAGGAAAAACCAAAAGAAGUGAAGACGGAAGAAGAAUCAUUUAAACUUGUGGUGCAAGAGGAUAAACCGAAACCGAAGAUAGAUGUAGCAGCAGACGAAGCAACUGUUGUUCUGAAACCAAAAGAGGAGGAGAAGCCUAAGUCUUCUGCUACUGAAGAGGAGCAAAAGACGACACUAAAACUGAAACCGAAAAAGAAAGAAGAUAAAAAGCCCCAGGAAGAUAUUAAGGAAACUUUUGCUGUUCCGCUGAAGGAGAAACCGAUUGAAGAAAAACCCGUUGAAGAAACGUUUGAGGUUUCUGUUCCAAAGAAAAAGAAACCCGUUCAGGAAACAACAGAAGAAGCUAAAGUAGUCCUUCCAGUCGAGAAAAAAGAAGAGUAUAAGAUCACAGAAGAAAAAGCUGAAGUCACAGUAAAGAAGGUGGUAGAAGAAAAAGAAGAAAGGGUUUCCAUCAAGAAACGUAAAGAAGAGAAGAAAAAACAAGAAGAAGUGUCUGAAGUAUUUAGUAUCUCUAAGAAACCAGAAGAAGUUAAAGAAGACACCGAACCUUCAGAAUUCAAAGUUGACUUACCAAAGAAGUCCAAACCGAAACUUAAAGAAACACCAGAAGAAGAAGAAUCCUUUAAGCUUACUAUUCCUGGGGAAGAACGAAAGCCUGAAAUCACUGAGGAACAUGCAGAGAUAACAGUGCGUAAAAAAGUUCCUGUAGAUGAAAAAGUAAAAACUGAAGAUGAACAACGCAUUUCUAUUAAGAAACCUAAGAAGAAACCGGAAGUCGAAAAGCCUUCAGAAGAGACUUUCACUGUUCGUCGAAAGGAAUCGGUUGAUGAAAGGAUUACCAGCCAAGCUGAAGACGUUGAAGAAUCGUUUGCUAUAAAAACAAAACCAAAGAAAAAGGCACCACAGGUACCAUCAGAUGAAGAGGAAUCCCUUAGCAUUUCUCUCCCAUCCGAAAAGCCGGAAUACAAAGUUGAAGAAGUGGCAGAUGAAACAAAGAUAACAUUGGAAAAGACUGUAGAAAAAGAAACUGAAGUUGAGGAGGUUGUGGAGACAGUUGAAUAUGUGGCCAUCUCAUCUUAUGUUUCCGAAAAGACGGAUUCUCUCACUCUGGUCGAAGGAGAGCGUGUGCAGGUGAUUGAAAAGACUUCCCAGGACUUCUGGUUUGUUAAGAAAGUGGUGACCAACGAGAAAGGAUAUGUGCCUCCCAGUGUCCUCCAGGACUCAGAUAAAUACACGCAUUACAUGAAGGAUACGUUGAGUAAGAAAAUGGAAAAAUUGCCAGUUCUGCGUUUGCCUAAACCUGGCGAGAAACUACAGGCACCUAAGAUAGUAAAAAAAUUGUCCAUGGUUAAGGUGUUGGAUGGACAAACGGUGGAAUUAUCUUGUCAAGUCACCGGAAAUCCAAGACCAACAAUCACUUGGUUCAAGCAAACUCAAAUUAUCAAACCUUCUAUGGAAUUCCAGAUUUUCUAUGACGAUGACAAUGUAACAACUCUCAUCAUUCGUGAAGUGUUCCCUGAAGAUGCAGGGACGUAUACCGUCGUCGCUAAGAAUGCUGCUGGUUUUUCAUCAACAUCGGCUGAACUUGUUGUAGAAGCGGCUGAUCACGGCACGGACACCUAUCCAUCCUCUCGCCUCAGUCUGUCUCGGCAAUCCUCUCUGACGGACAUCUUAGAGGGAGUUCCACCGGUCUUCUCAGAGAAGCCCAAGGAUAAAGAUGUGGACGAAGGAAAGCCCGUGGAACUGGUCUGCAAAGUCACCGGCAUUCCUGAACCAAAGAUAACCUGGUUGAGAAAUCAGAAGCCUUUGAAAGAAUCGGAGCGCAUCGAAAUCACAACCACCAGCCAAGAUCUCGAAGUGACCAAAGGAACAGUGACCAUCAAGAAAGUCAAGCCGGAGGAUGCUGGCACUUACGAAAUCAUAGCUGAAAACACGGAAGGGAAAUCGGUCACUUCUCUCAUCCUGAAUGUUAGAGGCAAACCUCAGAAGCCAGUUGAAGAACCUCCUACUUUCACCCAGACUUAUAGUGAUAUUACUUGCACUGAAAAAGAAACAGUUACUUUGACAGUGAAAGUGCAGGGUAACCCUCCUCCAGAAGUAACUUGGUACAAGAACGGAAAAGAAAUUAAGCCAUCGAAGAACGUGAAGCCAUCGGUGAACAAAAAUGUACACACACUUGUUCUCUCGGACACGAAGAAACCUGACUCUGGCGAUUACAAAUGUGUUGCCAAAAAUCCAAAGGGAACCGUCGAACAUGUUGCUAAAGUAACUGUGCAAAAAACUGGAGUGGAAUUUACGGAGAAACUGUACGAUGUGGAAGUGAAAGAAAGGGAACCAGCAGUAUUUUCUGUGGAGGUAUCUCAACCAGAUGCACAGGUGACAUGGCAUAAGGACGGUGAACUCGUAAAACCAACGGACAGAAUAAAAAUUGUUGAAGAUGGAUGCACUAGGAAGCUUAUUAUUGAAGAUUCUAUCGUCAAUGACGAAGGAGAAUAUACUUGUGUACUGGGAGAAAAGGAAUGUACUGCAGAAUUAGUGGUUAUUGAGUUGCCUCCUGACUUCAAGGGUGACAUGCAAGAUGUAACCGUAGCAACGGAACAGGUUGCAGCCUUCCAAGUAGAACUUACUAAAGGCGACGCCCGUGCCCGGUGGUUUAAAGAUGAUAAGGAGAUUGAAUACAGUGAACAUGUAAUGCUGAAGAUUGACGGCAAGCGACAGAAACUCAUCAUAUACAAUGCAAGCUUCCAAGAUGCAGGAACAUACACCUGCGUUGUUGGCAAUAAAAAGAAGUGUGCGAAAUUGAAAGUUGAAGCGCCAACCGUCGAAUUCACUGCCAGGCUUCCUGAAAAGAUGACCGUUCCGCAAGACACCGACGUGAGCUUUACCGUUGAGCUCUCCCGUCCAGAUGUGCCCGUGAAAUGGCUGAAGAACGGCGAACCUGUACCAGAAAAAGAGAAGGACAAAUUCCAAUUUGUUAAAGACAGGAAUGUGUACAAAAUGGUCGUCCGAAGGGCACAAAAAGACGACGCUGCCGAGUACAGCUGUGUGGCUGGAAAUGUUAAAACAACGACCAAAUUACAAGUUCAAGAGGCCCAUGCCGAGUUCACUCUGAAACUGCGUGACGUGAUCGUCCGGGAGAGCGACACGGCCACCCUCCUGGUAGAAGUGACCCGCGAGACCUUCGAGGUCCGCUGGAUGAAGGACGGUCAGACCCUCAAACCCACCGAUCGAGUCGUCAUGGAGAAGGAGGGAUGCCGAAGGAGGCUUAUCAUAAAGGACACCUCGCUGGACGAUAGAGGCAUGUACACCUGCGUCCUGGAGGAGAAGACCUGCUCGUCCACUCUCACUGUCGAAGCAACACCCCGGGUUGUUUCCGAAAAACGGCACUUCAAAGGAAAACGUGGUGGCAACGUUGCGGUGGAUGUUGAAUUCGUUGCUCAACCCCCGCCAAAGAUAGAAUGGCUAUACAAAGGAAAAACCAUCAGUCCGGACAAAAAGCGUACCAUCGAAAAUUACGGGAACAAAACAGUUCUCACCAUCAAGAAGCUGGAAGAUGCAGAUGUGGAGAACUAUACUCUCAAACUGACCAACAAAUGCGGAGAGUGCAAGACGGACUUUAAAGUGUCCAUCAUUGAUAAACCAAAACCCCCGGGUACGCCAACGGCAUCCGAAAUCGGCAACGAUUCAUUGACAUUGAGCUGGAAACUUCCGGAGAGUGAUGGUGGCUCUCCCAUCACAAAUUACAUCAUAGAAUUCCACGACAGAAACACGCUCAGGUGGUCCACAUACAACGAAAAGUUCACGAUAGAACAACCUUUCACUAAAGUGACCAACCUGAAACAGGGCGAGGGAUAUAUGUUCCGCGUCAUAGCUGUCAAUGAAGUGGGGAAAAGCGAUCCCUCUCCUGGCACCAAAUACAUUCCUGUACAGGAGCCCAAAGCUGGUGAACCACCUGCAGUUGUGGAACAUCUGCAGCCUGUAACUUCUGGUCUGAAGAAGCCGACCAAGAUGACUUGUAGAAUCAGUGGCCAACCACCGCCUACAAUCAAAUGGUUCAAAAAUGGAAAGGAAUUGAUAGUUAUGAAGAAUAUGAAAACGACUUACGAGAAUCAGGUGGCCACAUUGGAAAUUAAUGAAACAACGGAAAAGUCUGCUGGCACGUACACAUGCAAGGCUUCAAAUAACUUGGGAACAGCUGAAACUACAAAUGAACUGAAGAUACAAGAACCACCAUCCGUUAAAUAUGACGAAAAGAUGAAGAAUGUUCGUCUAAAAUCCUACAGCGAGUACAUUCUGGAUGUAAAAGUCUUUGGCUAUCCUGCGCCGGAAUUGGUGUGGCUAAAGAACGGAAAGGUUUUAGAAUCCACUAAACACACCUUGGUACAGACGAGGGAAGAUUCCACGACGAUCACCAUUCGAUCUGUGGAAAACACUGAUAGCGCUACAUAUACUCUGCAGCUCACCAAUCCUGCUGGCACAGUCAAGCAUGACUUCAAGUUAUUUGUACUCGACAAACCCCUUCCACCCGAAGGGCCCAUUGCAUUCCACAAAAUCGACAAGAACUCCAUCACCAUCGGCUGGCAGCCGCCGAGCAUCGGCGCCUCCGAGGUGCAGUCUUACGUUAUCGAAAAAUGCGAAGUCAGGAGGAAGAUAUGGAUGGAGGUGACAACAGUGAAUUCCGAUGUCCUGACUCAAGAGAUCCAGGAUCUCAGCGAGGGUAUUGAAUAUGCAUUCCGUGUUAUCGCCACCAACGAGUACGGCCGAAGUGAUCCUUUGACCUCGGACCCAGUCACACCAAAGAGCUUAUUUGACAAGCCACAUGCUCCCAAGGGACCGUUCACCACAUCCAACAUGACGGAGAGCUCGUUCACUCUAAGCUGGCUCGCUCCGGACAACGACGGCGGCAGUCCCAUCAUCGAGUACAUCGUCGAGAGGAAGGAAGCUAGCCGAAAAGCCUGGCAGAGGGUGGGCACGACGGACGCGAAGUCCCUCUCUAUGGAAGUCAUGGGGCUCAAGAAAGAAACACCCUACCACUUCAGGGUUUGCUGCAGGAACGAAGUCGGCCACAGUCCAUACUUUGCACCAGAAGAGACAAUUACAGCUGGCUUGCGAAUAGCUCCUCCAUCUUCACCCGUGGGUCCACUCAUCGUGUCGAACAUGACCAACAAGACGCUGACACUCAGCUGGAAGCCUCCCGCGGACAAUGGUGGCGCAGAACUCACCGCCUAUAUUGUAGAGAAAAGGGAAUCCAACAAGAAGGCCUGGAACCGCUUAGAGACACUCCAGCCGCACAUCAGGAGCUAUACUGUCCACAAUCUGACGCACACCAAAGAAUAUCACUUCAGGGUGUUUGCCGAAAAUCCGGCUGGACUCAGCGCGCCCCUGGAGACGGACAAGCCUAUCAAACUCACUUCCACUGCAGUGCGUCCAUCUCCACCUACGGGCCCCUUGGAAAAGGUGAUCACUGGCCCCAGCUCUGUCCUCCUGGCUUGGGGCAGACCAGAAAAGGAUGGUGGAUCUCCUAUCCUGGGGUACACGGUGGCUAUGAGGAAUGUCAGGCGGAUCAUGUGGAUGGAGGUUGGUCAGACAGACGGCGAAACACAGAGGAUCCAGAUCAAAGAUCUCCAAGAAGGUGCUGAGUACAUGGUCCGAAUCAUGGCGCGAAAUGAAGUCGGAAUCAGUGAUCCACUGGAACCCGAAGAGCCCGUGCGCGUCAUUCGACCAGCAGGAUUCAAAGAAUCCGACAUCGAGGUGGACGACAAGACCAUCUCUGUCAGCUUCAGCACCACCUCAUCCUCUUGGAUCCGCGAAGCUAACGUCGAACCUCUGCUGCGUAGUUACACGAAACACAUACUGGCCGGCAGGAAUGAAUACUUCUUCCGCAUAUGGCACUUGGCAGAGACUCUGUCCAAAUAGACGCUCUUGUGAUACGGCGGGCGACUUCGAAAUCUGGGAUGGCAACGUCGAACGAAACAUUUGCAAAAUCUUCUAAGAAAAUGAGAGAUAUUUCUAAAAGGCAAUUUUUUACUACAAAUGAAGUAUGGUUGCUUUUAAUUACAUUUGAUCAUAAAUAAACAAGUAUUUCUCAGGGCUGGGAAUAUAUCAUUUUCCUGCCGAGUUUUCUUUAUCAGGAGACACUGCAUGUCAAUCCUUAAUCACACAUGUGAUUUGCCGAAAUGAAAUUUUCGUGUGCAUAACUGUUUACAAUAUUUCAUUGUAGCUAUUUUGAAUAUUUCGGAUAAAAAAAUUUGAGUUGUAUGCAACUCCAACCCUAAGCUUUAAAAAUAUCCAUCCCAGAUUUUGAAUUUGCUCAUAACUUUUGUGCUUGGGUAGCUCUGGUAGUGGCCCGAGCUUGUACAAAUAUAUAAAGUGUAAAAUAUUUUUAUUAUAAGCUUUUUGAAGCUUUGAUUAUUUUUACCAAAGUCAGGACUUUAUAAGCGUUUAGGUACCACUGAUAGCGUACCUAUGAACGAACUCUACUAUUCUCAAGUGAAGUAUGUCUUCUGUGUACACACUGUACUUAAACGAUGUUUUUGUUUUUAUGUUCCUCUGCAUCCACCCGGAUGCUUCUGGAUGCUUUAUAUUUGUUUGUAGAAUGUCUGUAGAUCCUACGAAAAUGUGAUAUAUGGUUGUGUUAUGUUGCUGUUUAAUGUUUAUGUCUAUGUGCAAUAAAUUAGUUGAUCCCUUA